AUGAGUGUCAAGGCCUACGAGCGAGUGUCAAGGCCUACGAGCGAGUGUCAAGGCCUACGAAUGAGUGUCAAGGCCUACGAGCGAGUGUCAAGGCCUACGAGCCUACGAGCGAGUGUCAAGGCCUACGAGCGAGUGUCAAGGCCUACGAGCGAGUGUCAAGGCCUACGAGCGAGUGUCAAGGCCUACGAGCGAGUGUCAAGGCCUACGGGCGAGUGUCAAGGCCUACGAGCGAGUAUCAAGGCCUACGAGCGAGUGUCAAGGCCUACGAGCCUACGAGCGAGUGUCAAGGCCUACGAGCGAGUGUCAAGGCCUACGAAUGAGUGUCAAGGCCUACGAGCGAGUGUCAAAGCCUACGAGCGAGUGUCAAGGCCUACGAAUGAGUGUCAAGGCCUACGAAUGAGUGUCAAGGCCUACGAGCGAGUGUCAAGGCCUACGAGCGAGUGUCAAGGCCUACGAGCCUACGAGCGAGUGUCAAGGCCUACGAGCGAGUGUCAAGGCCUACGAAUGAGUGUCAAGGCCUACGAGCGAGUGUCAAGGCCUACGAGCCUACGAGCGAGUGUCAAGGCCUACGAGCGAGUGUCAAGGCCUACGAGCGAGUGUCAAGGCCUACGAGCGAGUGUCAAGGCCUACGAGCGAGUGUCAAGGCCUACGGGCGAGUGUCAAGGCCUACGAGCGAGUGUCAAGGCCUACGGGCGAGUGUCAAGGCCUACGAAUGAGUGUCAAGGCCUACGAGCGAGUGUCAAGGCCUACGAGCGAGUGUCAAGGCCUACGAGCGAGUGUCAAGGCCUACGAGCGAGUGUCAAGGCCUACGAGCGAGUGUCAAGGCCUACGGGCGAGUGUCAAGGCCUACGAGCGAGUGUCAAGGCCUACGGGCGAGUGUCAAGGCCUACGAGCGAGUGUCAAGGCCUACGAAUGAGUGUCAAGGCCUACGAGCGAGUGUCAAGGCCUACGAGCGAGUGUCAAGGCCUACGAGCGAGUGUCAAGGCCUACGAGCGAGUGUCAAGGCCUACGAGCGAGUGUCAAGGCGUACGGGCGAGUGUCAAGGCCUACGAGCGAGUGUCAAGGCCUACGGAUGAGUGUCAAGGCCUACGAAUGAGUGUCAAGGCCUACGAGCGAGUGUCAAGGCCUACGAGUGAGUGUCAAGGCCUACGAGCCUACGAGCGAGUGUCAAGGCCUACGAGCGAGUGUCAAGGCCUACGAGCGAGUGUCAAGGCCUACGAGCGAGUGUCAAGGCCUACGAGCGAGUGUCAAGGCGUACGGGCGAGUGUCAAGGCCUACGAGCGAGUGUCAAGGCCUACGGAUGAGUGUCAAGGCCUACGAAUGAGUGUCAAGGCCUACGAGCGAGUGUCAAGGCCUACGAGCCUACGAGUGAGUGUCAAGGCCUACGAGCGAGUGUCAAGGCCUACGAGUGAGUGUCAAGGCCUACGAGCGAGUGUCAAGGCCUACGAGCCUACGAGCGAGUGUCAAGGCCUACGAGUGAGUGUCAAGGCCUACGAGCCUACGAGUGAGUGUCAAGGCCUACGAGUGAGUGUCAAGGCCUACGAGCGAGUGUCAAGGCCUACGAGUGAGUGUCAAGGCCUACGAGCGAGUGUCAAGGCCUACGAGUCAGUGUCAAAGCCUACGAGUGAGUGUCAAGGCCUACGAAUGAGUGUCAAGGCCUACGAGCGAAUGUCAAGGCCUACGAGCGAGUGUCAAGGCCUACGAGCCUACGAGCGAGUGUCAAGGCCUACGAAUGAGUGUCAAGGCCUACGAGUGAGUGUCAAGGCCUACGAGCGAGUGUCAAGGCCUACGAGCCUACGAGCGAGUGUCAAGGCCUACGAGCGAGUGUCAAGGCCUACGAGCGAGUGUCAAGGCCUACGAGUGAGUGUCAAGGCCUACGAGCGAGUGUCAAGGCCUACGAGCCUACGAGUGAAUGUCAAGGUCUACGAGCGAGUGUCAAGGCCUACGAGCAUGUGUCAAGGCCUACGAGUGAGUGUCAAGGCCUACGAGCGAGUGUCAAGGCCUACGAGCGAGUGUCAAGGCCUACGAGCCUACGAGCGAGUGUCAAGGCCUACGAGUGAGUGUCAAGGCCUACGAGUGAGUGUCAAGGCCUACGAGCGAGUGUCAAGGCCUACGAGUGAGUGUCAAGGCCUACGAGUGAGUGUCAAGGCCUACGAGCGAGUGUCAAGGCCUACGAGCGAGUGUCAAGGCCUACGAGCGAGUGUCAAGGCCUACGAGCGAGUGUCAAGGCCUACGAGUGAGUGUCAAGGCCUACGAGUGAGUGUCAAGGCCUACGAGCGAGUGUCAAGGCCUACGAGCGAGUGUCAAGGCCUACGAGCGAGUGUCAAGGCCUACGAGCGAGUGUCAAGGCUUACGAAUGAGUGUCAAGGCCUACGAGUGAGUGUCAAGGCCUACGAGCGAGUGUCAAGGCCUACGAGCGAGUGUCAAGGCCUACGAGCGAGUGUCAAGGCCUACGAGCGAGUGUCAAGGCCUACGAGUGAGUGUCAAGGCCUACGAGUGAGUGUCAAGGCCUACGAGCGAGUGUCAAGGCCUACGAGCGAGUGUCAAGGCUUACAAGCGAGUGUCAAGGCCUACGAGCCUACGAGCGAGUGUCAAGGCCUACGAGCGAGUGUCAAGGCCUACGAGCGAGUGUCAAGGCCUACGAGCGAGUGUCAAGGCCUACGAGUGAGUGUCAAGGCCUACGAGCGAGUGUCAAGGCCUACGGGUGAGUGUCAAGGCCUACGAGCGAGUGUCAAGGCCUACAAGCGAGUGUCAAGGCCUACGAGCCUACGGGUGAGUGUCAAGGCCUACGAGCGAGUGUCAAGGCCUACGAGCGAGUGUCAAGGCCUACGGGUGAGUGUCAAGGCCUACGAGCGAGUGUCAAGGCCUACGAGUGAGUGUCAAGGCCUACGAGCGAGUGUCAAGGCCUACGAGCCUACGAGCGAGUGUCAAGGCCUACGAGUGAGUGUCAAGGCCUACGAGCGAGUGUCAAGGCCUACGAGCGAGUGUCAAGGCCUACGAGUCAGUGUCAAAGCCUACGAGCCUACGAGAGAGUGUCAAGGCCUACGAGUGAGUGUCAAGGCCUACGAGCGAGUGUCAAGGCCUACGAGCGAGUGUCAAGGCCUACGAGCGAGUGUCAAGGCCUACGAGCGAGUGUCAAGGCCUACGAGCGAGUGUCAAGGCCUACGAGCGAGUGUCAAGGCCUACGAGCGAGUGUCAAGGCCUACGAGUGAGUGUCAAGGCCUACGAGCGAGUGUCAAGGCCUACGGGCCUACGAGCGAGUGUCAAGGCCUACGAGCGAGUGUCAAGGCCUACGAGUCAGUGUCAAAGCCUACGAGUGAGUGUCAAGGCCUACGAAUGAGUGUCAAGGCCUACGAGCGAGUGUCAAGGCCUACGAAUGAGUGUCAAAGCCUACGAGCGAGCCUACGAGCGAGUGUCAAGGCCUACGAGCGAGUGUCAAGGCCUACGAGCGAGUGUCAAGGCCUACGAGUGAGUGUCAAGGCCUACGAGCCUACGAGCGAGUGUCAAGGCCUACGAGCGAGUGUCAAGGCCUACGAGCGAGUGUCAAGGCUUACGAAUGAGUGUCAAGGCCUACGAGUGAGUGUCAAGGCCUACGAGCGAGUGUCAAGGCCUACGAGCGAGUGUCAAGGCCUACGAGCGAGUGUCAAGGCCUACGAGCGAGUGUCAAGGCCUACGAGUGAGUGUCAAGGCCUACGAGUGAGUGUCAAGGCCUACGAGCGAGUGUCAAGGCCUACGAGCGAGUGUCAAGGCUUACAAGCGAGUGUCAAGGCCUACGAGCCUACGGGUGAGUGUCAAGGCCUACGAGCGAGUGUCAAGGCCUACGAGCGAGUGUCAAGGCCUACGAGCGAGUGUCAAGGCCUACGAGCGAGUGUCAAGGCCUACGAGCCUACGAGCGAGUGUCAAGGCCUACGAGCGAGUGUCAAGGCCUACAAGCGAGUGUCAAGGCCUACGAGUGAGUGUCAAGGCCUACGAGUGAGUGUCAAGGCCUACGAGCGAGUGUCAAGGCCUACGGGUGAGUGUCAAGGCCUACGAGCGAGUGUCAAGGCCUACGAGCGAGUGUCAAGGCCUACGGGCCUACGAGCGAGUGUCAAGGCCUACGAGCGAGUGUCAAGGCCUACGAGCGAGUGUCAAGGCCUACGAGCGAGUGUCAAGGCCUACGAGCGAGUGUCAAGGCCUACGGGCGAGUGUCAAGGCCUACGGGCCUACGAGCGAGUGUCAAGGCCUACGGGUGAGUGUCAAGGCCUACGAGCGAGUGUCAAGGCCUACGAGCGAGUGUCAAGGCCUACGAGCGAGUGUCAAGGCCUACGAAUGAGUGUCAAGGCCUACGAGCGAGUGUCAAGGCUUACGAGCCUACGAGCGAGUGUCAAGGCCUACGAGCGAGUGUCAAGGCCUACGAGCGAGUGUCAAGGCCUACGAAUGAGUGUCAAGGCCUACGAGCGAGUGUCAAGGCUUACGAGCCUACGAGCGAGUGUCAAGGCCUACGAGCGAGUGUCAAGGCCUACGAGCGAGUGUCAAGGCCUACGAAUGAGUGUCAAGGCCUACGAGCGAGUGUCAAGGCUUACGAGCCUACGAGCGAGUGUCAAGGCCUACGAGCGAGUGUCAAGGCCUACGAGCGAGUGUCAAGGCCUACGAGCGAGUGUCAAGGCCUACGAGCGAGUGUCAAGGCUUACGAGUGAGUGUCAAGGCCUACGAGCGAGUGUCAAGGCCUACGAGCGAGUGUCGAGGCCUACGAGCGAGUGUCAAGGCCUACGAGCGAGUGUCAAGGCCUACGAGCGAGUGUCAAGGCCUACGAGCGAGUGUCAAGGCCUACGAAUGAGUGUCAAGGCCUACGAGCGAGUGUCAAAGCCUACGAGCGAGUGUCAAAGCCUACGAGCGAGUGUCAAGGCCUACGAGCGAGUGUCAAGGCCUACGAGCGAGUGUCAAGGCCUACGAGCGAGUGUCAAGGCCCACGAGCGAGUGUCAAGGCCUACGAGUGAGUGUCAAGGCCUACGAGCGAGUGUCAAGGCCUACGAGCGAGUGUCAAGGCCUACGAGCGAGUGUCAAGGCCUACGAGUGAGUGUCAAGGCCUACGAGCGAGUGUCAAGGCCUACGAGCGAGUGUCAAGGCCUACGAGCGAUUGUCAAGGCCUACGAGCCUACGAGCGAGUGUCAAGGCCUACGAGCGAGUGUCAAGGCCUACGAGCGAGUGUCAAGGCCUACGAGCGAGUGUCAAGGCCUACGAGCGAGUGUCAAGGCUUACGAGCCUACGAGCGAGUGUCAAGGCCUACGAGUGAGUGUCAAAGCCUACGAGCGAGUGUCAAGGCCUACGAGCGAGUGUCAAGGCCUACGAGCGAGUGUCAAGGCCUACGAGCGAGUGUCAAGGCCUACGAGCGAGUGUCAAGGCCUACGAGCGAGUGUCAAGGCCUACGAGCGAGUGUCAAGGCCUACGAGCGAGUGUCAAGGCCUACGAGCGAGUGUCAAGGCCUACGAGCGAGUGUCAAGGCUUACGAGUGAGUGUCAAGGCCUACGAGCGAGUGUCAAGGCCUACGAGCGAGUGUCAAGGCCUACGAGCGAGUGUCAAGGCCUACGAGCGAGUGUCAAGGCCUACGAGCGAGUGUCAAGGCCUACGAGCGAGUGUCAAGGCUUACGAGUGAGUGUCAAGGCCUACGAGCGAGUGUCAAGGCCUACGAGCGAGUGUCAAGGCCUACGAAUGAGUGUCAAGGCCUACGAGCGAGUGUCAAGGCUUACGAGCCUACGAGCGAGUGUCAAGGCCUACGAGCGAGUGUCAAGGCCUACGAGCGAGUGUCAAGGCCUACGAAUGAGUGUCAAGGCCUACGAGCGAGUGUCAAGGCUUACGAGCCUACGAGCGAGUGUCAAGGCCUACGAGCGAGUGUCAAGGCCUACGAGCGAGUGUCAAGGCCUACGAAUGAGUGUCAAGGCCUACGAGCGAGUGUCAAGGCUUACGAGCCUACGAGCGAGUGUCAAGGCCUACGAGCGAGUGUCAAGGCCUACGAGCGAGUGUCAAGGCCUACGAAUGAGUGUCAAGGCCUACGAGCGAGUGUCAAGGCUUACGAGCCUACGAGCGAGUGUCAAGGCCUACGAGCGAGUGUCAAGGCCUACGAGCGAGUGUCAAGGCCUACGAGCGAGUGUCAAGGCCUACGAGCGAGUGUCAAGGCUUACGAGCCUACGAGCGAGUGUCAAGGCCUACGAGCGAGUGUCAAGGCUUACGGGUGAGUGUCAAGGCCUACGAGCGAGUGUCAAGGCCUACGAGCGAGUGUCAAGGCCUACGAGCGAGUGUCAAGGCCUACGAAUGAGUGUCAAGGCCUACGAGCGAGUGUCAAGGCUUACGAGCCUACGAGCGAGUGUCAAGGCCUACGAGCGAGUGUCAAGGCCUACGAGCGAGUGUCAAGGCCUACGAGCGAGUGUCAAGGCCUACGAGCGAGUGUCAAGGCUUACGAGUGAGUGUCAAGGCCUACGAGCGAGUGUCAAGGCCUACGAGCGAGUGUCGAGGCCUACGAGCGAGUGUCAAGGCCUACGAGCGAGUCUCAAGGCCUACGAGCGAGUGUCAAGGCCUACGAGCGAGUGUCAAGGCCUACGAAUGAGUGUCAAGGCCUACGAGCGAGUGUCAAAGCCUACGAGCGAGUGUCAAAGCCUACGAGCGAGUGUCAAGGCCUACGAGCGAGUGUCAAGGCCUACGAGCGAGUGUCAAGGCCUACGAGCGAGUGUCAAGGCCCACGAGCGAGUGUCAAGGCCUACGAGUGAGUGUCAAGGCCUACGAGCGAGUGUCAAGGCCUACGAGCGAGUGUCAAGGCCUACGAGCGAGUGUCAAGGCCUACGAGUGAGUGUCAAGGCCUACGAGCGAGUGUCAAGGCCUACGAGCGAGUGUCAAGGCCUACGAGCGAUUGUCAAGGCCUACGAGCCUACGAGCGAGUGCCAAGGCCUACGAGUGAGUGUCAAAGCCUACGAGCGAGUGUCAAGGCCUACGAGCGAGUGUCAAGGCCUACGAGCGAGUGUCAAGGCCUACGAGCGAGUGUCAAGGCCUACGAGCCUACGAGCGAGUGUCAAGGCCUACGAGCGAGUGUCAAGGCCUACGAGCGAGUGUCAAGGCCUACGAGCGAGUGUCAAGGCCUACGAGCGAGUGUCAAGGCCUACGAGCGAGUGUCAAGGCCUACGAGCGAGUGUCAAGGCUUACGAGCCUACGAGCGAGUGUCAAGGCCUACGAGCGAGUGUCAAGGCCUACGAGCGAGUGUCAAGGCCUACGAGCGAGUGUCAAGGCUUACGAGCCUACGAGCGAGUGUCAAGGCCUACGAGCGAGUGUCAAGGCCUACGAAUGAGUGUCAAGGCCUACGAGCGAGUGUCAAGGCUUACGAGCCUACGAGCGAGUGUCAAGGCCUACGAGCGAGUGUCAAGGCCUACGAGCGAGUGUCAAGGCCUACGAAUGAGUGUCAAGGCCUACGAGCGAGUGUCAAGGCUUACGAGCCUACGAGCGAGUGUCAAGGCCUACGAGCGAGUGUCAAGGCCUACGAGCGAGUGUCAAGGCCUACGAAUGAGUGUCAAGGCCUACGAGCGAGUGUCAAGGCUUACGAGCCUACGAGCGAGUGUCAAGGCCUACGAGCGAGUGUCAAGGCCUACGAGCGAGUGUCAAGGCCUACGAAUGAGUGUCAAGGCCUACGAGCGAGUGUCAAGGCUUACGAGCCUACGAGCGAGUGUCAAGGCCUACGAGCGAGUGUCAAGGCCUACGAGCGAGUGUCAAGGCCUACGAGCGAGUGUCAAGGCCUACGAGCGAGUGUCAAGGCUUACGAGCCUACGAGCGAGUGUCAAGGCCUACGAGCGAGUGUCAAGGCCUACGAGCGAGUGUCAUGGCCUACGAGUGAGUGUCAAGGCCUACGAGCGAGUGUCAAGGCCUACGAGCGAGUGUCAAGGCCUACGAGCGAUUGUCAAGGCCUACGAGCCUACGAGCGAGUGUCAAGGCCUACGAGCGAGUGUCAAGGCCUACGAGCGAGUGUGUCAAGGCCUACGAGCGAGUGUCAAGGCCUACGAGCGAGUGUCAAGGCUUACGAGCCUACGAGCGAGUGUCAAGGCCUACGAGCGAGUGUCAAGGCCUACGAGCGAGUGUCAAGGCCCACGAGCGAGUGUCAAGGCCUACGAGCCUACGAGCGAGUGUCAAGGCCUACGAGUGAGUGUCAAGGCCUACGAGCGAGUGUCAAGGCCUACGAGCGAGUGUCAAGGCCUACGAGCGAUUGUCAAGGCCUACGAGCCUACGAGCGAGUGUCAAGGCCUACGAGUGAGUGUCAAAGCCUACGAGCGAGUGUCAAGGCCUACGAGCGAGUGUCAAGGCCUACGAGCGAGUGUCAAGGCCUACGAGCGAGUGUCAAGGCCUACGAGCCUACGAGUGAGUGUCAAGGCCUACGAGCGAGUGUCAAGGCUUACGAGUGAGUGUCAAGGCCUACGAGUGAGUGUCAAGGCCUACGAGCGAGUGUCAAGGCCUACGGGCCUACGAGCGAGUGUCAAGGCCUACGAGCGAGUGUCAAGGCCUACGAAUGAGUGUCAAGGCCUACGAGUGAGUGUCAAGGCCUACGAGCGAGUGUCAAGGCCCACGAGUGAGUGUCAAGGCCUACGAGCGAGUGUCAAGGCCUACGAGCCUACGAAUGAGUGUCAAGGCCUACGAAUGAGUGUCAAGGCCUACAAGCGAGUGUCAAGGCUUACGAGCCUACGAGCGAGUGUCAAGGCCUACGAGCGAGUGUCAAGGCCUACGAGCGAGUGUCAAGGCCUACGAGCCUACGAGCGAGUGUCAAGGCCUACGAGCGAGUGUCAAGGCCUACGAGCGAGUGUCAAGGCCCACGAGCGAGUGUCAAGGCCUACGAGUGAGUGUCAAGGCCUACGAGCGAGUGUCAAGGCCUACGAGCGAGUGUCAAGGCCUACGAGCGAGUGUCAAGGCCUACGAGCCUACGAGCGAUUGUCAAGGCCUACGAGUGAGUGUCAAGGCCUACGAGUGAGUGUCAAGGCCUACGAGCGAGUGUCAAGGCCUACGAGCGAGUGUCAAGGCCUACGAGCCUACGAGCGAGUGUCAAGGCUUACGAGUGAGUGUCAAGGCCUACGAGCGAGUGUCAAGGCCUACGAGCGAGUGUCGAGGCCUACGAGCGAGUGUCAAGGCCUACGAGCGAGUGUCAAGGCCUACGAGCGAGUGUCAAGGCCUACGAGCGAGUGUCAAGGCCUACGAAUGAGUGUCAAGGCCUACGAGCGAGUGUCAAAGCCUACGAGCGAGUGUCAAAGCCUACGAGCGAGUGUCAAGGCCUACGAGCGAGUGUCAAGGCCUACGAGCGAGUGUCAAGGCCUACGAGCGAGUGUCAUGGCCUACGAGCCUACGAGUGAGUGUCAAGGCCUACGAGCGAGUGUCAAGGCCUACGAGCGAGUGUCAAGGCCUACGAGCGAGUGUCAAGGCCUACGAGCGAGUGUCAAGGCCUACGAGCGAGUGUCAAGGCCUACGAGCGAGUGUCAAGGCUUACGAGUGAGUGUCAAGGCCUACGAGCGAGUGUCAAGGCCUACGAGCGAGUGUCAAGGCCUACGAGCGAGUGUCAAGGCCUACGAGCGAGUGUCAAGGCCUACGAGCGAGUGUCAAGGCCUACGAGCGAGUGUCAAGGCCCACGAGCGAGUGUCAAGGCCUACGAGUGAGUGUCAAGGCCUACGAGCGAGUGUCAAGGCCUACGAGCGAGUGUCAAGGCCUACGAGCGAGUGUCAAGGCCUACGAGUGAGUGUCAAGGCCUACGAGCGAGUGUCAAGGCCUACGAGCGAGUGUCAAGGCCUACGAGCGAUUGUCAAGGCCUACGAGCCUACGAGCGAGUGUCAAGGCCUACGAGUGAGUGUCAAAGCCUACGAGCGAGUGUCAAGGCCUACGAGCGAGUGUCAAGGCCUACGAGCGAGUGUCAAGGCCUACGAGCGAGUGUCAAGGCCUACGAGUGAGUGUCAAGGCCUACGAGCGAGUGUCAAGGCCUACGAGCGAGUGUCAAGGCCUACGAGCGAGUGUCAAAGCCUACGAGCCUACGAGCGAGUGUCAAGGCUUACGAGUGAGUGUCAAGGCCUACGAGUGAGUGUCAAGGCCUACGAGCGAGUGUCAAGGCCUACGGGCCUACGAGCGAGUGUCAAGGCCUACGAGCGAGUGUCAAGGCCUACGAAUGAGUGUCAAGGCCUACGAGUGAGUGUCAAGGCCUACGAGCGAGUGUCAAGGCCCACGAGUGAGUGUCAAGGCCUACGAGCGAGUGUCAAGGCCUACGAGCCUACGAAUGAGUGUCAAGGCCUACGAAUGAGUGUCAAGGCCUACAAGCGAGUGUCAAGGCUUACGAGCCUACGAGCGAGUGUCAAGGCCUACGAGCGAGUGUCAAGGCCUACGAGCGAGUGUCAAGGCCUACGAGUGAGUGUCAAGGCCUACGAGCGAGUGUCAAGGCCUACGAGCGAGUGUCAAGGCCUACGAGCGAGUGUCAAGGCCUACGAGCGAGUGUCAAGGCCUACGAGCGAGUGUCAAGGCCCACGAGCGAGUGUCAAGGCCUACGAGCCUACGAGCGAGUGUCAAGGCCUACGAGUGAGUGUCAAGGCCUACGAGCGAGUGUCAAGGCCUACGAGCGAGUGUCAAGGCCUACGAGCGAUUGUCAAGGCCUACGAGCCUACGAGCGAGUGUCAAGGCCUACGAGUGAGUGUCAAAGCCUACGAGCGAGUGUCAAGGCCUACGAGCGAGUGUCAAGGCCUACGAGCGAGUGUCAAGGCCUACGAGCCUACGAAUGAGUGUCAAGGCCUACGAGUGAGUGUCAAGGCCUACGAGCGAGUGUCAAGGCUUACGAGUGAGUGUCAAGGCCUACGAGUGAGUGUCAAGGCCUACGAGCGAGUGUCAAGGCCUACGGGCCUACGAGCGAGUGUCAAGGCCUACGAGCGAGUGUCAAGGCCUACGAAUGAGUGUCAAGGCCUACGAGUGAGUGUCAAGGCCUUCGAGCGAGUGUCAAGGCCCACGAGUGAGUGUCAAGGCCUACGAGCGAGUGUCAAGGCCUACGAGCCUACGAAUGAGUGUCAAGGCCUACGAAUGAGUGUCAAGGCCUACAAGCGAGUGUCAAGGCUUACGAGUGAGUGUCAAGGCCUACGAGCGAGUGUCAAGGCCUACGAGCGAGUGUCAAGGCCUACGAGCCUACGAGCGAGUGUCAAGGCCUACGAGCGAGUGUCAAGGCCUACGAGUGAGUGUCAAGGCCUACGAGCGAGUGUCAAGGCCUACGAGCGAGUGUCAAGGCCUACGAGCGAGUGUCAAAGCCUACGAGUGAGUGUCAAGGCCUACGAGCGAGUGUCAAGGCUUACGAGCCUACGGGUGAGUGUCAAGGCCUACGAGCGAGUGUCAAGGCCUACGAGCGAGUGUCAAGGCCUACGAGCGAGUGUCAAGGCCUACGAGCGAGUGUCAAGGCCUACGAAUGAGUGUCAAGGCCUACGAGCCUACGAGCGAGUGUCAAGGCCUACGAGUGAGUGUCAAAGCCUACGAGUGAGUGUCAAGGCCUACGAGCGAGUGUCAAGGCCUACGAAUGAGUGUCAAGGCCUACGAAUGAGUGUCAAGGCCUACAAGCGAGUGUCAAGGCUUACGAGCCUACGAGCGAGUGUCAAGGCCUACGAGCGAGUGUCAAGGCCUACGAGCGAGUGUCAAGGCCUACGAGUGAGUGUCAAGGCCUACGAGCGAGUGUCAAGGCUUACGAGUGAGUGUCAAGGCCUACGAGUGAGUGUCAAGGCCUACGAGCGAGUGUCAAGGCCUACGGGCCUACGAGCGAGUGUCAAGGCCUACGAGCGAGUGUCAAGGCCUACGAAUGAGUGUCAAGGCCUACGAGUGAGUGUCAAGGCCUACGAGCGAGUGUCAAGGCCUACGAGCGAGUGUCAAGGCCUACGAGCGAGUGUCAAGGCCUACGAGCGAGUGUCAAGGCCUACGAGCGAGUGUCAAGGCCUACGAGUGAGUGUCAAAGCCUACGAGCCAACGAGCGAGUGUCAAGGCCUACGAGCGAGUGUCAAGGCCUACGAGCGAGUGUCAAGGCUUACGAGCGAGUUUCAAGGCCUACGAGCGAGUGUCAAGGCCUACGAGCGAGUGUCAAGGCUUACGAGCGAGUGUCAAGGCUUACGUGCCUACGAGCGAGUGUCAAGGCUUACGAGCGAGUGUCAAGGCUUACGUGUGAGUGUCAAGGCCUACGAGCGAGUGUCAAGGCCUACGAGCGAGUGUCAAGGCCUACGAGCGAGUGUCAAGGCCUACGAGCGAGUGUCAAAGCCUACGGGUGAGCGUCAAAGCCUACGAGCGAGUGUCAAGGCCUACGAGCGAGUGUCAAGGCCUACGGGUGAGUGUCAAGGCCUACGAGUGAGUGUCAAGGCCUACGAGCGAGUGUCAAGGCCUACGAGCGAGUGUCAAGGCCUACGAGCCUACGAGCGAGUGUCAAGGCCUACGAGCGAGUGUCAAAGCCUACGAGUGAGUGUCAAGGCCUACGAGCGAGUGUCAAGGCUUACGAGUGAGUGUCAAGGCCUACGAAUGAGUGUCAAGGCCUACGAGCGAGUGUCAAGGCCUACGAGUGAGUGUCAAGGCCUACGAGCGAGUGUCAAGGCCUACGAGCGAGUGUCAAGGCCUACGAGCGAGUGUCAAGGCCUACGAGCGAGUGUCAAGGCCUACGAGCGAGUGUCAAGGCCUACGAGCGAGUGUCAAGGCCUACGAGCGAGUGUCAAGGCCUACGAGCGAGUGUCAAUGCCUACGAGUGAGUGUCAAGGCCUACGAGCGAGUGUGGCCUACGAGCGAGUGUCAAGGCCUACAAGCGAGUGUCAAGGCCUACGAGCCUACGAGCGAGUGUCAAGGCCUACGAGUGAGUGUCAAGGCCUACGAGCGAGUGUCAAGGCCUACGAGCGAGUGUCAAGGCCUACGAGUGAGUGUCAAAGCCUACGAGCGAGUGUCAAGGCCUACGAGCGAGUGUCAAGGCCUACGAGCGAGUGUCAAAGCCUACGAGCCUACGAGCGAGUGUCAAGGCUUACGAGUGAAUGUCAAGGCCUACGAGUGAGUGUCAAGGCCUACGAGCGAGUGUCAAGGCCUACGAGCGAGUGUCAAGGCCUACGAGCCUACGAGCGAGUGUCAAGGCCUACGAGCGAGUGUCAAGGCCUACGAGCGAGUGUCAAGGCCUACGAGCGAGUGUCAAGGCCUACGAGCGAGUGUCAAGGCCUACGAGCGAGUGUCAAGGCUUACGAGCCUACGAGUGAGUGUCAAGGCCUACGAGCAAGUGUCAAGGCCUACGAGCGAGUGUCAAGGCCUACGAAUGAGUGUCAAGGCCUACGAAUGAGUGUCAAGGCCUACGAGCGAGUGUCAAGGCUUACGAGCCUACGAGCGAGUGUCAAGGCCUACGAGCGAGUGUCAAGGCCUACGAGUGAGUGUCAAGGCCUACGAGCGAGUGUCAAGGCCUACGAGCGAGUGUCAAGGCCUACGAGCGAGUGUCAAGGCCUACGAGCCUACGAGCGAGUGUCAAGGCCUACGAGCGAGUGUCAAGGCCUACGAGCGAGUGUCAAGGCCUACGAGCGAGCGUCAAGGCCUACGAGCGAGUGUCAAGGCCUACGAGUGAGUGUCAAGGCCUACGAGCGAGUGUCAAGGCCUACGAGCGAGUGUCAAGGCCUACGAGCGAGUGUCAAGGCCUACGAGCGAGUGUCAAGGCCUACGAGUCAGUGUCAAAGCCUACGAGUGAGUGUCAAGGCCUACGAGCCUACGAGCGAGUGUCAAAGCCUACGAGUGAGUGUCAAGGCCUACGAGCGAGUGUCAAGGCCUACGAGUGAGUGUCAAGGCCUACGAGCGAGUGUCAAGGCCUACGAGCGAGUGUCAAGGCCUACGAGCGAGUGUCAAGGCCUACGAGCGAGUGUCAAGGCCUACGAGCGAGUGUCAAGGCCUACGAGUGAGUGUCAAGGCCUACGAGCGAGUGUCAAGGCCUACGAGCGAGUGUCAAGGCCUACGAGCGAGUGUCAAGGCCUACGAGCGAGUGUCAAGGCCUACGAGCGAGUGUCAAUGCCUACGAACGAGUGUCAAGGCCUGCGAGCGAGUGUCAAGGCCUACGAGCGAGUGUCAAGGCCUACGAGCGAGUGUCAAGGCCUACGAGCGAGUGUCAAGGCCUACGAGCGAGUGUCAAUGCCUACGAGCGAGUGUCAAGGCCUACGAGUGAGUGUCAAGGCCUACGAGCGAGUGUCAAGGCCUACGAGCCUACGAGCGAGUGUCAAGGCCUACGAGUCAGUGUCAAAGCCUACGAGUGAGUGUCAAGGCCUACGAGCGAGUGUCAAGGCCUACGAGCCUACGAGCGAGUGUCAAGGCCUACGAGUGAGUGUCAAGGCCUACGAGCGAGUGUCAAGGCCUACGAGCGAGUGUCAAGGCCUACGAGCGAGUGUCAAGGCCUACGAGCCUACGAGCGAGUGUCAAGGCCUACGAGCGAGUGUCAAGGCCUACGAGCGAGUGUCAAGGCCUACGAGCGAGCGUCAAGGCCUACGAGCGAGUGUCAAGGCCUACGAGCCUACGAGCGAGUGUCAAGGCCUACGAGCGAGUGUCAAGGCCUACGAGUCAGUGUCAAAGCCUACGAGCCUACGAAUGAGUGUCAAGGCCUACGAGCGAGUGUCAAAGCCUACGAGUGAGUGUCAAGGCCUACGAGCGAGUGUCAAGGCCUACGAGCCUACGAGCGAGUGUCAAGGCCUACGAGCGAGUGUCAAGGCCUACGAGCGAGUGUCAAGGCCUACGAGUGAGUGUCAAGGCCUACGAGCGAGUGUCAAGGCCUACGAGCGAGUGUCAAGGCCUACGAGCGAGUGUCAAGGCCUACGAGCGAGUGUCAAGGCCUACGAGCGAGUGUCAAUGCCUACGAACGAGUGUCAAGGCCUGCGAGCGAGUGUCAAGGCCUACGAGCGAGUGUCAAGGCCUACGAGCGAGUGUCAAGGCCUACGAGCGAGUGUCAAGGCCUACGAGCGAGUGUCAAUGCCUACGAGCGAGUGUCAAGGCCUACGAGUGAGUGUCAAGGCCUACGAGCGAGUGUCAAGGCCUACGAGCCUACGAGCGAGUGUCAAGGCCUACGAGUCAGUGUCAAAGCCUACGAGCCUACGAGCGAGUGUCAAGGCCUACGAGCGAGUGUCAAGGCCUACGAGCGAGUGUCAAGGCCUACGAGCGAGUGUCAAGGCCUACGAGCCUACGAGUGAGUGUCAAAGCCUACGAGCGAGUGUCAAGGCCUACGAGCGAGUGUCAAGGCCUACGAGCGAGUGUCAAGGCCUACGAGUGAGUGUCAAGGCCUACGAGCGAGUGUCAAGGCCUACGAGCGAGUGUCAAGGCCUACGAGCGAGUGUCAAGGCCUACGAGCCUACGAGCGAGUGUCAAGGCCUACGAGUGAGUGUCAAGGCCUACGAGCGAGUGUCAAGGCCUACGAGCGAGUGUCAAGGCCUACGAGUGAGUGUCAAAGCCUACGAGCGAGUGUCAAAGCCUACGAGCGAGUGUCAAGGCCUACGAGCCUACGAGCGAGUGUCAAGGCCUACGAAUGAGUGUCAAGGCCUACGAGCGAGUGUCAAGGCCUACGAGCGAGUGUCAAGGCCUACGAGCCUACGAGUCAGUGUCAAAGCCUACGAGCGAGUGUCAAGGCCUACGAGCGAGUGUCAAGGCCUACGAGCGAGUGUCAAGGCCUACGAGCGAGUGUCAAGGCCUACGAGUGAGUGUCAAGGCCUACGAGUGAGUGCCAAGGCCUACGAGCGAGUGUCAAGGCCUACGAGCGAGUGUCAAGGCCUACGAGUGAGUGCCAAGGCCUACGAGCGAGUGUCAAGGCCUACGAGCGAGUGUCAAGGCCUACGAGUGAGUGUCAAGGCCUACGAGCGAGUGUCAAGGCCUACGAAUGAGUGUCAAGGCCUACGAGCGAGUGUCAAGGCCUACGAGCGAGUGUCAAGGCUUACGAGCUUACGAGUGAGUGUCAAGGCCUACGAGCGAGUGUCAAGGCCUACGAGCGAUUGUCAAGGCCUACGAUCGAGUGUCAAGGCCUACGAGCGAGUGUCAAGGCCUACGAGUGAGUGUCAAAGCCUACGAGUGAGUGUCAAGGCCUACGAGCGAGUGUCAAGGCUUACGAGUGAGUGUCAAGGCCUACGAGUGAGUGUCAAGGCCAACGAGCGAGUGUCAAGGCCUACGAGCGAGUGUCAAGGCCUACGAGCGAGUGUCAAGGCCUACGAGCGAGUGUCAAGGCCUACGAGCGAGUGUCAAGGCCUACGAGCGAGUGUCAAGGCCUACGAGCGAGUGUCAAGGCCUACGAGCGAGUGUCAAGGCCUACGAGUGAGUGUCAAGGCCUACGAGCGAGUGUCAAGGCCUACGAGCGAGUGUCAAGGCCUACGAGUGAGUGUCAAGGCCUACGAGCGAGUGUCAAGGCCUACGAGCGAGUGUCAAGGCCUACGAGCGAGUGUCAAGGCUUACGAGCGAGUGUCAAGGCUUACGUGUGAGUGUCAAGGCCUACGAGCGAGUGUCAAGGCCUACGAGCGAGUGUCAAGGCCUACGAGCGAGUGUCAAGGCCUACGAAUGAGUGUCAAGGCCUACGAGCCUACGAGCGAGUGUCAAGGCCUACGAGUGAGUGUCAAGGCCUACGAGCGAGUGUCAAGGCCUACGGGUGAGUGUCAAGGCUUACGAGCGAGUGUCAAGGCCUACGAGCCUACGAGCGAGUGUCAAGGCCUACGAGUGAGUGUCAAAGCCUACGAGCGAGUGUCAAGGCCUACGAGCGAGUGUCAAGGCCUACGAGCGAGUGUCAAGGCCUACGAGCGAGUGUCAAAGCCUACGAGCGAGUGUCAAGGCCUACGAGCGAGUGUCAAGGCCUACGAGCGAGUGUCAAGGCCUACGAGCGAGUGUCAAAGCCUACGAGCCUACGAGCGAGUGUCAAGGCUUACGAGUGAGUGUCAAGGCCUACGAGUGAGUGUCAAGGCCUACGAGCGAGUGUCAAGGCCUACGGGCCUACGAGCGAGUGUCAAGGCCUACGAGCGAGUGUCAAGGCCUACGAGUGAGUGUCAAGGCCUACGAGUGAGUGCCAAGGCCUACGAGCGAGUGUCAAGGCCCACGAGUGAGUGUCAAGGCCUACGAGCGAGUGUCAAGGCCUACGAGCCUACGAAUGAGUGUCAAGGCCUACGAAUGAGUGUCAAGGCCUACAAGCGAGUGUCAAGGCUUACGAGUGAGUGUCAAGGCCUACGAGCGAGUGUCAAGGCCUACGAGCGAGUGUCAAGGCCUACGAGCCUACGAGCGAGUGUCAAGGCCUACGAGCGAGUGUCAAGGCCUACGAGUGAGUGUCAAGGCCUACGAGCGAGUGUCAAGGCCUACGAGCGAGUGUCAAGGCCUACGAGCGAGUGUCAAAGCCUACGAGCCUACGAGCGAGUGUCAAGGCUUACGAGUGAGUGUCAAGGCCUACGAGUGAGUGUCAAGGCCUACGAGCGAGUGUCAAGGCCUACGGGCCUACGAGCGAGUGUCAAGGCCUACGAGCGAGUGUCAAGGCCUACGGGUGAGCGUCAAAGCCUACGAGCGAGUGUCAAGGCCUACGAGCGAGUGUCAAGGCCUACGGGUGAGUGUCAAGGCCUACGAGUGAGUGUCAAGGCCUACGAGCGAGUGUCAAGGCCUACGAGCGAGUGUCAAGGCCUACGAGCCUACGAGCGAGUGUCAAGGCCUACGAGCGAGUGUCAAAGCCUACGAGUGAGUGUCAAGGCCUACGAGCGAGUGUCAAGGCUUACGAGUGAGUGUCAAGGCUUACGAGUGAGUGUCAAGGCCUACGAGCCUACGAGCGAGUGUCAAGGCCUACGAGCGAGUGUCAAGGCCUACGAGCGAGUGUCAAGGCCUACGAGCGAGUGUCAAGGCCUACGAAUGAGUGUCAAGGCCUACGAGCCUACGAGUGAGUGUCAAGGCCUACGAGCGAGUGUCAAGGCCUACGAGCGAGUGUCAAGGCCUACGAGCGAGUGUCAAGGCCUACGAGCGAGUGUCAAGGCCUACGAGCGAGUGUCAAGGCUUACGAGUGAGUGUCAAGGCCUACGAGCGAGUGUCAAGGCCUACGAGCGAGUGUCAAGGCCUACGAGCGAGUGUCAAGGCUUACGAGCCUACGAGCGAGUGUCAAGGCCUACGAAUGAGUGUCAAGGCCUACGAAUGAGUGUCAAGGCCUACGAGCGAGUGUCAAGGCUUACGAGUGAAUGUCAAGGCCUACGAGUGAGUGUCAAGGCCUACGAGCGAGUGUCAAGGCCUACGAGCGAGUGUCAAGGCCUACGAGCCUACGAGCGAGUGUCAAGGCCUACGAGCGAGUGUCAAGGCCUACGAGCGAGUGUCAAGGCCUACGAGCGAGUGUCAAGGCCUACGAGCGAGUGUCAAGGCCUACGAGCGAGUGUCAAGGCUUACGAGCCUACGAGUGAGUGUCAAGGCCUACGAGCAAGUGUCAAGGCCUACGAGCGAGUGUCAAGGCCUACGAAUGAGUGUCAAGGCCUACGAAUGAGUGUCAAGGCCUACGAGCGAGUGUCAAGGCUUACGAGUGAGUGUCAAGGAUUACGAGCCUACGAGCGAGUGUCAAGGCUUACGAGUGAGUGUCAAGGCCCACGAGUGAGUGUCAAGGCCUACGAGCAAGUGUCAAGGCCUACGAGCGAGUGUCAAGGCCUACGAGCGAGUGUCAAGGCCUACGAGCGAGUGUCAAGGCUUACGAGUGAGUGUCAAGGCCUACGAGCGAGUGUCAAGGCCUACGAGCGAGUGUCAAGGCUUACGAGUGAGUGUCAAGGCCUACGAGCGAGUGUCAAGGCCUACGAGCGAGUGUCAAGGCCUACGAGUGAGUGUCAAGGCCUACGAGCGAGUGUCAAGGCCUACGAGCGAGUGUCAAGGCCUACGAGCGAGUGUCAAGGCUUACGAGUGAGUGUCAAGGCCUACGAGCGAGUGUCAAGGCCUACGAGUGAGUGUCAAGGCCUACGAGUGAGUGUCAAGGCCUACGAGCGAGUGUCAAGGCUUACGAGUGAAUGUCAAGGCCUACCAGUGAGUGUCAAGGCCUACGAGCGAGUGUCAAGGCCUACGAGCGAGUGUCAAGGCCUACGAGCGAGUGUCAAGGCCUACGAGCGAGUGUCAAGGCCUACGAGCGAGUGUCAAGGCCUACGAGCGAGUGUCAAGGCUUACGAGCCUACGAGUGAGUGUCAAGGCCUACGAGCGAGUGUCAAGGCCUACGAGCGAGUGUCAAGGCCUACGAGUGAGUGUCAAAGCCUACGAGCGAGUGUCAAGGCCUACGAGCGAGUGUCAAGGCCUACGAGCGAGUGUCAAGGCCUAAGAGCGAGUGUCAAGGCCUACGAGCGAGUGUCAAGGCCUAGAGCGAGUGUCAAGGCCUACGAGCGAGUGUCAAGGCCUACGGGUGAGUGUCAAGGCCUACGAGCGAGUGUCAAGGCCUACGAGCGAGUGUCAAGGCCUACGAGCGAGUGUCAAGGCCUACGAGCCUACGAGCGAGUGUCAAGGCCUACGAGUCAGUGUCAAAGCCUACGAGUGAGUGUCAAGGCCUACGAGCCUACGAGCGAGUGUCAAGGCCUACGAGCGAGUGUCAAGGCCUACGAGCGAGUGUCAAGGCCUACGAGUGAGUGUCAAAGCCUACGAGCGAGUGUCAAGGCCUACGAGCGAGUGUCAAGGCCUACGAGCGAGUGUCAAAGCCUACGAGCGAGUGUCAAGGCCUACGAGCGAGUGUCAAGGCCUACGAGCGAGUGUCAAAGCCUACGAGCCUACGAGCGAGUGUCAAGGCUUACGAGUGAGUGUCAAGGAUUACGAGUGAGUGUCAAGGCCUACGAGCGAUUGUCAAGGCCUACGAGCGAGUGUCAAGGCCUACGAGCGAGUGUCAAAGCCUACGAGCGAGUGUCAAGGCCUACGAGCCUACGAGCGAGUGUCAAGGCCUACGAGCGAGUGUCAAGGCCUACGAGCGAGUGUCAAGGCCUACGAGCGAGUGUCAAGGCCUACGAGCGAGUGUCAAGGCUUACGAGUGAGUGUCAAGGCCUACGAGCGAGUGUCAAGGCCUACGAGCGAGUGUCAAGGCCUGAGCCCACGAGUGAGUGUCAAGGCCUACGAGCAAGUGUCAAGGCCUACGAGCGAGUGUCAAGGCCUACGAGCGAGUGUCAAGGCCUACGAGCGAGUGUCAAGGCCUACGAGCGAGUGUCAAGGCUUACGAGCUUACGAGUGAGUGUCAAGGCCUACGAGCGAGUGUCAAGGCCUACGAGCGAGUGUCAAGGCCUACGAGCCUACGAGCGAGUGUCAAGGCCUACUAGCGAGUGUCAAGGCUUACGAGUGAGUGUCAAGGCCUACGAGCGAGUGUCAAGGCCUACGAGUGAGUGUCAAGGCCUACGAGUGAGUGUCAAGGCCUACGAGCGAGUGUCAAGGCUUACGAGUGAAUGUCAAGGCCUACCAGUGAGUGUCAAGGCCUACGAGCGAGUGUCAAGGCCUACGAGCGAGUGUCAAGGCCUACGAGCGAGUGUCAAGGCCUACGAGCGAGUGUCAAGGCCUACGAGUGAGUGUCAAAGCCUACGAGCGAGUGUCAAGGCCUACGAGCGAGUGUCAAGGCCUACGAGCGAGUGUCAAGGCCUACGAGCGAGUGUCAAGGCCUACGAGCGAGUGUCAAGGCCUACGAGCGAGUGUCAAGGCCUACGAGCGAGUGUCAAGGCCUACGAGCGAGUGUCAAAGCCUACGAGUGAGUGUCAAGGCCUACGAGUGAGUGUCAAGGCCUACGAGCGAGUGUCAAGGCCUACGAGCGAGUGUCAAGGCCUACGAGUGAGUGUCAAAGCCUACGAGCGAGUGUCAAGGCCUACGAGCGAGUGUCAAGGCCUACGAGCGAGUGUCAAAGCCUACGAGCCUACGAGCGAUUGUCAAGGCCUACGAGCGAGUGUCAAGGCCUACGAGCGAGUGUCAAGGCCUACGAGCGAGUGUCAAAGCCUACGAGCGAGUGUCAAGGCCUACGAGCGAGUGUCAAGGCCUACGAGCGAGUGUCAAGGCUUACGAGCCUACGAGCGAGUGUCAAGGCCUACGAGCGAGUGUCAAGGCCUACGAGCGAGUGUCAAGGCCUACGAGCCUACGAGCGAGUGUCAAGGCCUACGAGUCAGUGUCAAAGCCUACGAGCCUACGAAUGAGUGUCAAGGCCUACGAGCGAGUGUCAAGGCCUACGAGCGAGUGUCAAGGCCUACGAGCGAGUGUCAAGGCCUACGAGUGAGUGUCAAGGCCUACGAGCGAGUGUCAAGGCCUACGAGCGAGUGUCAAGGCUUACGAGCCUACGAGCGAGUGUCAAGGCCUACGAGCGAGUGUCAAGGCCUACGAGCGAGUGUCAAGGCCUACGAGCGAGUGUCAAGGCCUACGAGCGAGUGUCAAGGCCUACGAGCGAGUGUCAAGGCCUACGAGCGAGUGUCAAGGCCUACGAAUGAGUGUCAAGGCCUACGAAUGAGUGUCAAGGCCUACGAGCGAGUGUCAAGGCUUACGAGCCUACGAGCGAGUGUCAAGGCCUACGAGCGAGUGUCAAGGCCUACGAGUGAGUGUCAAAGCCUACGAGCGAGUGUCAAGGCCUACGAGCGAGUGUCAAGGCCUACGAGCGAGUGUCAAAGCCUACGAGCCUACGAGCGAGUGUCAAGGCUUACGAGUGAGUGUCAAGGAUUACGAGUGAGUGUCAAGGCCUACGAGCGAUUGUCAAGGCCUACGAGCGAGUGUCAAGGCCUACGAGCGAGUGUCAAGGCCUACGAGCGAGUGUCAAAGCCUACGAGCGAGUGUCAAGGCCUACGAGCGAGUGUCAAGGCCUACGAGCGAGUGUCAAGGCUUACGAGCUUACGAGUGAGUGCCAAGGCCUACGAGCGAGUGUCAAGGCCUACGAGCGAGUGUCAAGGCCUACGAGUGAGUGUCAAGGCCUACGAGCGAGUGUCAAGGCCUACGAGCGAGUGUCAAGGCCUACGAGCGAGUGUCAAGGCUUACGAGCCUACGAGUGAGUGUCAAGGCCUACGAGUGAGUGUCAAGGCCUACGAGCGAGUGUCAAGGCUUACGAGUGAAUGUCAAGGCCUACGAGCCUACGAGCGAGUGUCAAGGCCUACGAGCGAGUGUCAAGGCCUACGAGCGAGUGUCAAGGCCUACGAGCGAGUGUCAAGGCUUACGAGUGAGUGUCAAGGCCUACGAGCGAGUGUCAAGGCCUACGAGCGAGUGUCAAGGCCUAAGAGUGAGUGUCAAGGCCUACGAGCGAGUGUCAAGGCCUACGAGCGAGUGUCAAGGCCUACGAGUGAGUGUCAAAGCCUACGAGCGAGUGUCAAGGCCUACGAGCGAGUGUCAAGGCCUACGAGCGAGUGUCAAGGCCUAAGAGCGAGUGUCAAGGCCUACGAGCGAGUGUCAAGGCCUAGAGCGAGUGUCAAGGCCUACGAGCGAGUGUCAAGGCCUACGGGUGAGUGUCAAGGCCUACGAGCGAGUGUCAAGGCCUACGAGCGAGUGUCAAGGCCUACGAGCGAGUGUCAAGGCCUACGAGCCUACGAGUCAGUGUCAAAGCCUACGAGUGAGUGUCAAGGCCUACGAGUGAGUGUCAAGGCCUACGAGCGAGUGUCAAGGCCUACGAGCGAGUGUCAAGGCCUACGAGCCUACGAGCGAGUGUCAAGGCCUACGAGUCAGUGUCAAAGCCUACGAGUGAGUGUCAAGGCCUACGAGCCUACGAGCGAGUGUCAAGGCCUACGAGCGAGUGUCAAGGCCUACGAGCGAGUGUCAAGGCCUACGAGUGAGUGUCAAAGCCUACGAGCGAGUGUCAAGGCCUACGAGCGAGUGUCAAGGCCUACGAGCGAGUGUCAAAGCCUACGAGCGAGUGUCAAGGCCUACGAGCGAGUGUCAAGGCCUACGAGCGAGUGUCAAAGCCUACGAGCCUACGAGCGAGUGUCAAGGCUUACGAGUGAGUGUCAAGGAUUACGAGUGAGUGUCAAGGCCUACGAGCGAUUGUCAAGGCCUACGAGCGAGUGUCAAGGCCUACGAGCGAGUGUCAAAGCCUACGAGCGAGUGUCAAGGCCUACGAGCCUACGAGCGAGUGUCAAGGCCUACGAGCGAGUGUCAAGGCCUACGAGCGAGUGUCAAGGCCUACGAGCGAGUGUCAAGGCCUACGAGCGAGUGUCAAGGCUUACGAGUGAGUGUCAAGGCCUACGAGCGAGUGUCAAGGCCUACGAGCGAGUGUCAAGGCCUGAGCCCACGAGUGAGUGUCAAGGCCUACGAGCAAGUGUCAAGGCCUACGAGCGAGUGUCAAGGCCUACGAGCGAGUGUCAAGGCCUACGAGCGAGUGUCAAGGCCUACGAGCGAGUGUCAAGGCUUACGAGUGAGGGUCAAGGCCUACGAGCGAGUGUCAAGGCCUACGAGCGAGUGUCAAGGCUUACGAGUGAGUGUCAAGGCCUACGAGCGAGUGUCAAGGCCUACGAGCGAGUGUCAAGGCCUACGAGUGAGUGUCAAGGCCUACGAGCGAGUGUCAAGGCCUACGAGCGAGUGUCAAGGCCUACGAGCGAGUGUCAAGGCUUACGAGUGAGUGUCAAGGCCUACGAGCGAGUGUCAAGGCCUACGAGUGAGUGUCAAGGCCUACGAGUGAGUGUCAAGGCCUACGAGCGAGUGUCAAGGCUUACGAGUGAAUGUCAAGGCCUACCAGUGAGUGUCAAGGCCUACGAGCGAGUGUCAAGGCCUACGAGCGAGUGUCAAGGCCUACGAGCGAGUGUCAAGGCCUACGAGCGAGUGUCAAGGCCUACGAGCGAGUGUCAAGGCCUACGGGUGAGUGUCAAGGCCUACGAGCGAGUGUCAAGGCCUACGAGCGAGUGUCAAGGCCUACGAGCGAGUGUCAAGGCCUACGAGCCUACGAGCGAGUGUCAAGGCCUACGAGUCAGUGUCAAAGCCUACGAGCCUACGAGCGAGUGUCAAGGCCUACGAGCGAGUGUCAAGGCCUACGAGCGAGUGUCAAGGCCUACGAGUGAGUGUCAAGGCCUACGAGCGAGUGUCAAGGCCUACGAGCGAGUGUCAAGGCUUACGAGCCUACGAGCGAGUGUCAAGGCCUACGAGCGAGUGUCAAGGCCUACGAGCGAGUGUCAAGGCCUACGAGCGAGUGUCAAGGCCUACGAGCGAGUGUCAAAGCCUACGAGUGAGUGUCAAGGCCUACGAGUGAGUGUCAAGGCCUACGAGCGAGUGUCAAGGCCUACGAGCGAGUGUCAAGGCCUACGAGUGAGUGUCAAAGCCUACGAGCGAGUGUCAAGGCCUACGAGCGAGUGUCAAGGCCUACGAGCGAGUGUCAAAGCCUACGAGCCUACGAGCGAGUGUCAAGGCUUACGAGUGAGUGUAGUGUCAAGGAUUACGAGCGAGUGUCAAGGCCUACGAGCGAGUGUCAAGGCCUACGAGCGAGUGUCAAGGCCUACGAGUGAGUGUCAAGGCCUACGAAUGAGUGUCAAGGCCUACGAGCGAGUGUCAAGGCCUACGAGUCAGUGUCAAAGCCUACGAGUGAGUGUCAAGGCCUACGAGCCUACGAGCGAGUGUCAAGGCCUACGAGCGAGUGUCAAGGCCUACGAGCGAGUGUCAAGGCCUACGAGUGAGUGUCAAGGCCUACGAGCGAGUGUCAAGGCCUACGAGCGAGUGUCAAGGCUUACGAGCCUACGAGCGAGUGUCAAGGCCUACGAGCGAGUGUCAAGGCCUACGAGCGAGUGUCAAGGCCUACGAGCGAGUGUCAAGGCCUACGAGCCUACGAGCGAUUGUCAAGGCCUACGAGCGAGUGUCAAGGCCUACGAGCGAGUGUCAAGGCCUACGAGUGAGUGUCAAAGCCUACGAGCGAGUGUCAAGGCCUACGAGCGAGUGUCAAGGCCUACGAGCGAGUGUCAAAGCCUACGAGCCUACGAGCGAGUGUCAAGGCUUACGAGUGAGUGUCAAGGAUUACGAGUGAGUGUCAAGGCCUACGAGCGAUUGUCAAGGCCUACGAGCGAGUGUCAAGGCCUACGAGCGAGUGUCAAGGCCUACGAGCGAGUGUCAAAGCCUACGAGCGAGUGUCAAGGCCUACGAGCGAGUGUCAAGGCCUACGAGCGAGUGUCAAGGCUUACGAGCUUACGAGUGAGUGUCAAGGCCUACGAGCGAGUGUCAAGGCCUACGAGCGAGUGUCAAGGCCUACGAGUGAGUGUCAAGGCCUACGAGCGAGUGUCAAGGCCUACGAGCGAGUGUCAAGGCCUACGAGCGAGUGUCAAGGCUUACGAGCCUACGAGUGAGUGUCAAGGCCUACGAGUGAGUGUCAAGGCCUACGAGCGAGUGUCAAGGCUUACGAGUGAAUGUCAAGGCCUACGAGCCUACGAGCGAGUGUCAAGGCCUACGAGCGAGUGUCAAGGCCUACGAGCGAGUGUCAAGGCCUACGAGCGAGUGUCAAGGCUUACGAGUGAGUGUCAAGGCCUACGAGCGAGUGUCAAGGCCUACGAGCGAGUGUCAAGGCCUAAGAGUGAGUGUCAAGGCCUACGAGCGAGUGUCAAGGCCUACGAGCGAGUGUCAAGGCCUACGAGUGAGUGUCAAAGCCUACGAGCGAGUGUCAAGGCCUACGAGCGAGUGUCAAGGCCUACGAGCGAGUGUCAAGGCCUAAGAGCGAGUGUCAAGGCCUACGAGCGAGUGUCAAGGCCUAGAGCGAGUGUCAAGGCCUACGAGCGAGUGUCAAGGCCUACGGGUGAGUGUCAAGGCCUACGAGCGAGUGUCAAGGCCUACGAGCGAGUGUCAAGGCCUACGAGCGAGUGUCAAGGCCUACGAGUGAGUGUCAAGGCCUACGAGCCUACGAAUGAGUGUCAAGGCCUACGAGCGAGUGUCAAGGCCUACGAGCGAGUGUCAAGGCCUACGAGCGAGUGUCAAGGCCUACGAGCCUACGAGCGAGUGUCAAGGCCUACGAGCGAGUGUCAAGGCCUACGAGUGAGUGUCAAAGCCUACGAGCGAGUGUCAAGGCCUACGAGCGAGUGUCAAGGCCUACGAGCGAGUGUCAAAGCCUACGAGCCUACGAGCGAGUGUCAAGGCCUACGAGUGAGUGUCAAAGCCUACGAGCGAGUGUCAAGGCCUACGAGCGAGUGUCAAGGCCUACGAGCGAGUGUCAAAGCCUACGAGCCUACGAGUGAGUGUCAAGGCCUACGAAUGAGUGUCAAGGCCUACGAGCGAGUGUCAAGGCCUACGAGUCAGUGUCAAAGCCUACGAGUGAGUGUCAAGGUCUACGAGCCUACGAGCGAGUGUCAAGGCCUACGAGCGAGUGUCAAGGCCUACGAGCGAGUGUCAAGGCCUACGAGCCUACGAGCGAGGGUCAAGGCCUACGAGCGAGUGUCAAGGCCUACGAGUGAGUGUCAAAGCCUACGAGCGAGUGUCAAGGCCUACGAGCGAGUGUCAAGGCCUACGAGCGAGUGUCAAAGCCUACGAGCCUACGAGCGAGUGUCAAGGCUUACGAGUGAGUGUCAAGGAUUACGAGUGAGUGUCAAGGCCUACGAGCGAUUGUCAAGGCCUACGAGCGAGUGUCAAGGCAUACGAGCGAGUGUCAAGGCCUACGAGCGAGUGUCAAAGCCUACGAGCGAGUGUCAAGGCCUACGAGCGAGUGUCAAGGCCUACGAGCGAGUGUCAAAGCCUACGAGCCUACGAGCGAGUGUCAAGGCCUACGAGCGAGUGUCAAGGCUUACGAGUGAGUGUCAAGGCCUACGAGCGAGUGUCAAGGCCUACGAGCGAGUGUCAAGGCCUACGAGUGAGUGUCAAGGCCUACGAGCGAGUGUCAAGGCCUACGAGCGAGUGUCAAGGCUUACGAGUGAAUGUCAAGGCCUACGAGCCUACGAGCGAGUGUCAAGGCUUACGAGUGAGUGUCAAAACCUACGAGCGAGUGUCAAGGCCUACGAGCGAGUGUCAAGGCCUACGAGCGAGUGUCAAGGCCUACGAGCGAGUGUCAAGGCCUACGAGCCUACGAGCGAGUGUCAAGGCCUACGAGCGAGUGUCAAGGCCUACGAGCGAGUGUCAAGGCCUACGAGCGAGUGUCAAGGCCUACGAGCGAGUGUCAAGGCCUACGAGCGAGUGUCAAGGCUUACGAGUGAGUGUCAAGGCCUACGAGCGAGUGUCAAGGCCUACGAGCGAGUGUCAAGGCCUACGAGUGAGUGUCAAGGCCUACGAGCGAGUGUCAAGGCCUACGAGCGAGUGUCAAGGCCUACGAGUGAGUGUCAAAGCCUACGAGCGAGUGUCAAGGCCUACGAGCGAGUGUCAAGGCCUACGAGCGAGUGUCAAGGCCUAAGAGCGAGUGUCAAGGCCUACGAGCGAGUGUCAAGGCCUAGAGCGAGUGUCAAGGCCUACGAGCGAGUGUCAAGGCCUACGGGUGAGUGUCAAGGCCUACGAGCGAGUGUCAAGGCCUACGAGCGAGUGUCAAGGCCUACGAGCGAGUGUCAAGGCCUACGAGCCUACGAGCGAGUGUCAAGGCCUACGAGUGAGUGUCAAAGCCUACGAGCGAGUGUCAAGGCCUACGAGCGAGUGUCAAGGCCUACGAGCGAGUGUCAAAGCCUACGAGCCUACGAGCGAGUGUCAAGGCUUACGAGUGAGUGUCAAGGAUUACGAGUGAGUGUCAAGGCCUACGAGCGAUUGUCAAGGCCUACGAGCGAGUGUCAAGGCCUACGAGCGAGUGUCAAGGCCUACGAGCGAGUGUCAAAGCCUACGAGCGAGUGUCAAGGCCUACGAGCGAGUGUCAAGGCCUACGAGCGAGUGUCAAGGCUUACGAGCUUACGAGUGAGUGUCAAGGCCUACGAGCGAGUGUCAAGGCCUACGAGCGAGUGUCAAGGCCUACGAGUGAGUGUCAAGGCCUACGAGCGAGUGUCAAGGCCUACGAGCGAGUGUCAAGGCUUACGAGUGAAUGUCAAGGCCUACGAGCCUACGAGCGAGUGUCAAGGCUUACGAGUGAGUGUCAAGGCCUACGAGCGAGUGUCAAGGCCUACGAGCGAGUGUCAAGGCCUACGAGCGAGUGUCAAGGCCUACGAGCGAGUGUCAAGGCCUACGAGUGAGUGUCAAGGCCUACGAGUGAGUGUCAAGGCCUACGAGCGAGUGUCAAGGCUUACGAGUGAAUGUCAAGGCCUACGAGCCUACGAGCGAGUGUCAAGGCCUACGAGCGAGUGUCAAGGCCUACGAGCGAGUGUCAAGGCCUACGAGCGAGUGUCAAGGCUUACGAGUGAGUGUCAAGGCCUACGAGCGAGUGUCAAGGCCUACGAGCGAGUGUCAAGGCCUACGAGUGAGUGUCAAGGCCUACGAGCGAGUGUCAAGGCCUACGAGCGAGUGUCAAGGCCUACGAGUGAGUGUCAAAGCCUACGAGCGAGUGUCAAGGCCUACGAGCGAGUGUCAAGGCCUACGAGCGAGUGUCAAGGCCUAAGAGCGAGUGUCAAGGCCUACGAGCGAGUGUCAAGGCCUAGAGCGAGUGUCAAGGCCUACGAGCGAGUGUCAAGGCCUACGGGUGAGUGUCAAGGCCUACGAGCGAGUGUCAAGGCCUACGAGCGAGUGUCAAGGCCUACGAGCGAGUGUCAAGGCCUACGAGCCUACGAGCGAGUGUCAAGGCCUACGAGUCAGUGUCAAAGCCUACGAGUGAGUGUCAAGGCCUACGAGCCUACGAGCGAGUGUCAAGGCCUACGAGCGAGUGUCAAGGCCUACGAGCGAGUGUCAAGGCAUACGAGUGAGUGUCAAGGCCUACGAGUGAGUGUCAAGGCCUACGAAGGAGUGUCAAGGCCUACGAGCGAGUGUCAAGGCCUACGAGCGAGUGUCAAGGCCUACGAGCCUACGAAUGAGUGUCAAGGCCUACGAAUGAGUGUCAAGGCCUACGAGCGAGUGUCAAGGCUUACGAGCCUACGAGCGAGUGUCAAGGCCUACGAGCGAGUGUCAAGGCCUACGAGCGAGUGUCAAAGCCUACGAGCGAGUGUCAAGGCCUACGAGCGAGUGUCAAGGCCUACGAGCGAGUGUCAAGGCCUACGAGCCUACGAGCGAGUGUCAAGGCCUACGAGCGAGUGUCAAGGCCUACGAGUGAGUGUCAAAGCCUACGAGCGAGUGUCAAGGCCUACGAGCGAGUGUCAAGGCCUACGAGUGAGUGUCACGGCCUACGAGCGAGUGUCAAGGCCUACGAGCCUACGAGCGAGUGUCAAGGCCUACGAGUCGGUGUCAAAGCCUACGAGCCUACGAAUGAGUGUCAAGGCCUACGAGCGAGUGUCAAGGCCUACGAGCGAGUGUCAAGGCCUACGAGCGAGUGUCAAGGCCUACGAGCCUACGAGCGAGUGUCAAGGCCUAAGAGCGAGUGUCAAGGCCUACGAGCGAGUGUCAAAGCCUAGAGCGAGUGUCAAGGCCUACGAGCGAGUGUCAAGGCCUACGGGUGAGUGUCAAGGCCUACGAGCGAGUGUCAAGGCCUACGAGCGAGUGUCAAGGCCUACGAGCGAGUGUCAAGGCCUACGAGUGAGUGUCAAGGCCUACGAGCCUACGAGUGAGUGUCAAGGCCUACGAGUGAGUGUCAAGGCCUACGAGCGAGUGUCAAGGCCUACGGGCGAGUGUCAAGGCCUACGAGCGAGUGUCAAGGCCUACGGGCGAGUGUCAAGGCCUACGAGCGAGUGUCAAGGCCUACGAGCCUACGAGCGAGUGUCAAGGCCUACGAGUGAGUGUCAAAGCCUACGAGCGAGUGUCAAGGCCUACGAGCGAGUGUCAAGGCCUACGAGCGAGUGUCAAGGCCUACGAGCCUACGAGCGAGUGUCAAGGCCUAGAGCGAGUGUCAAGGCCUACGAGCGAGUGUCAAGGCCUACGGGUGAGUGUCAAGGCCUACGAGCGAGUGUCAAGGCCUACGAGCGAGUGUCAAGGCCUACGAGCGAGUGUCAAGGCCUACGAGCCUACGAGCGAGUGUCAAGGCCUACGGGUGAGUGUCAAGGCCUACGAGCGAGUGUCAAGGCCUACGAGCGAGUGUCAAGGCCUACGAGCCUACGAGCGAGUGUCAAGGCCUACGAGCGAGUGUCAAGGCCUACGAGCCUACGAGCGAGUGUCAAGGCCUACGAGCGAGUGUCAAGGCCUACGAGUGAGUGUCAAAGCCUACGAGCGAGUGUCAAGGCCUACGAGCGAGUGUCAAGGCCUACGAGCGAGUGUCAAAGCCUACGAGCCUACGAGCGAGUGUCAAGGCUUACGAGUGAGUGUCAAGGAUUACGAGUGAGUGUCAAGGCCUACGAGCGAUUGUCAAGGCCUACGAGCGAGUGUCAAGGCCUACGAGCGAGUGUCAAGGCCUACGAGCGAGUGUCAAAGCCUACGAGCGAGUGUCAAGGCCUACGAGCGAGUGUCAAGGCCUACGAGCCUACGAGCGAGUGUCAAGGCCUACGAGCGAGUGUCAAGGCCUACGAGCGAGUGUCAAGGCCUACGAGCCUACGAGCGAGUGUCAAGGCCUACGAGCGAGUGUCAAGGCCUACGAGUGAGUGUCAAAGCCUACGAGCGAGUGUCAAGGCCUACGAGCGAGUGUCAAGGCCUACGAGCGAGUGUCAAGGCCUACGGGCGAGUGUCAAGGCCUACGAGCCUACGAGCGAGUGUCAAGGAUUACGAGUGAGUGUCAAGGCCUACGAGCGAUUGUCAAGGCCUACGAGCGAGUGUCAAGGCCUACGAGCGAGUGUCAAGGCCUACGAGCGAGUGUCAAAGCCUACGAGCGAGUGUCAAGGCCUACGAGCGAGUGUCAAGGCCUACGAGCGAGUGUCAAGGCUUACGAGUGAGUGUCAAGGCCUACGAGCGAGUGUCAAGGCCUACGAGCGAGUGUCAAGGCUUACGAGUGAGUGUCAAGGCCUACGAGCGAGUGUCAAGGCCUACGAGCGAGUGUCAAGGCCUACGAGUGAGUGUCAAGGCCUACGAGCGAGUGUCAAGGCCUACGAGCGAGUGUCAAGGCCUACGAGUGAGUGUCAAGGCCUACGAGUGAGUGUCAAGGCCUACGAGCGAGUGUCAAGGCCUACGAGUGAGUGUCAAGGCCUACGAGUGAGUGUCAAGGCCUACGAGCGAGUGUCAAGGCUUACGAGUGAAUGUCAAGGCCUACGAGUGAGUGUCAAGGCCUACGAGCGAGUGUCAAGGCCUACGAGCGAGUGUCAAGGCCUACGAGCGAGUGUCAAGGCCUACGAGCGAGUGUCAAGGCCUACGAGCGAGUGUCAAGGCCUACGAGCGAGUGUCAAGGCUUACGAGCCUAAGAGUGAGUGUCAAGGCCUACGAGCGAGUGUCAAGGCCUACGAGCGAGUGUCAAGGCCUACGAGUGAGUGUCAAAGCCUACGAGCGAGUGUCAAGGCCUACGAGCGAGUGUCAAGGCCUACGAGCGAGUGUCAAGGCCUAAGAGCGAGUGUCAAGGCCUACGAGCGAGUGUCAAGGCCUAGAGCGAGUGUCAAGGCCUACGAGCGAGUGUCAAGGCCUACGGGUGAGUGUCAAGGCCUACGAGCGAGUGUCAAGGCCUACGAGCGAGUGUCAAGGCCUACGAGCGAGUGUCAAGGCCUACGAGUGAGUGUCAAGGCCUACGAGCCUACGGGUGAGUGUCAAGGCCUACGAGCGAGUGUCAAGGCCUACGAGCGAGUGUCAAGGCCUACGAAUGAGUGUCAAGGCCUACGAAUGAGUGUCAAGGCCUACGAGCGAGUGUCAAGGCCUACGAGUGAGUGUCAAGGCCUACGAGCGAGUGUCAAGGCCUACGAGCGAGUGUCAAGGCCUACGAGCGAGUGUCAAGGCCUACGAGCGAGUGUCAAGGCCUACGAGCGAGUGUCAAGGCCUACGGGCGAGUGUCAAGGCCUACGAGCGAUUGUCAAGGCCUACGAGCGAGUGUCAAGGCCUACGAGCGAGUGUCAAGGCCUACGAGCGAGUGUCAAGGCCUACGAGCGAGUGUCAAGGCCUACGAGCGAGUGUCAAGGCCUACGAGCCUACGAGCGAGUGUCAAGGCCUAGAGCGAGUGUCAAGGCCUACGAGCGAGUGUCAAGGCCUACGAGCGAGUGUCAAGGCCUACGAGCGAGUGUCAAGGCCUACGAGCGAGUGUCAAGGCCUACGAGCGAGUGUCAAAGCCUACGAGCCUACGAGCGAGUGUCAAGGCUUACGAGUGAGUGUCAAGGAUUACGAGUGAGUGUCAAGGCCUACGAGCGAUUGUCAAGGCCUACGAGCGAGUGUCAAGGCCUACGAGCGAGUGUCAAGGCCUACGAGCGAGUGUCAAAGCCUACGAGCGAGUGUCAAGGCCUACGAGCGAGUGUCAAGGCCUACGAGCGAGUGUCAAGGCUUACGAGUGAGUGUCAAGGCCUACGAGCGAGUGUCAAGGCCUACGAGCGAGUGUCAAGGCUUACGAGUGAGUGUCAAGGCCUACGAGCGAGUGUCAAGGCCUACGAGCGAGUGUCAAGGCCUACGAGUGAGUGUCAAGGCCUACGAGCGAGUGUCAAGGCCUACGAGCGAGUGUCAAGGCCUACGAGUGAGUGUCAAGGCCUACGAGUGAGUGUCAAGGCCUACGAGCGAGUGUCAAGGCCUACGAGCGAGUGUCAAGGCCUACGAGCGAGUGUCAAGGCCUACGAGCGAGUGUCAAGGCCUACGGGCGAGUGUCAAGGCCUACGAGCGAUUGUCAAGGCCUACGAGCGAGUGUCAAGGCCUACGAGCGAGUGUCAAGGCCUACGAGCGAGUGUCAAGGCCUACGAGCGAGUGUCAAGGCCUACGAGCGAGUGUCAAGGCCUACGAGCCUACGAGCGAGUGUCAAGGCCUAGAGCGAGUGUCAAGGCCUACGAGCGAGUGUCAAGGCCUACGAGCGAGUGUCAAGGCCUACGAGCGAGUGUCAAGGCCUACGAGCGAGUGUCAAGGCCUACGAGCGAGUGUCAAAGCCUACGAGCCUACGAGCGAGUGUCAAGGCUUACGAGUGAGUGUCAAGGAUUACGAGUGAGUGUCAAGGCCUACGAGCGAUUGUCAAGGCCUACGAGCGAGUGUCAAGGCCUACGAGCGAGUGUCAAGGCCUACGAGCGAGUGUCAAAGCCUACGAGCGAGUGUCAAGGCCUACGAGCGAGUGUCAAGGCCUACGAGCGAGUGUCAAGGCUUACGAGUGAGUGUCAAGGCCUACGAGCGAGUGUCAAGGCCUACGAGCGAGUGUCAAGGCUUACGAGUGAGUGUCAAGGCCUACGAGCGAGUGUCAAGGCCUACGAGCGAGUGUCAAGGCCUACGAGUGAGUGUCAAGGCCUACGAGCGAGUGUCAAGGCCUACGAGCGAGUGUCAAGGCCUACGAGUGAGUGUCAAGGCCUACGAGUGAGUGUCAAGGCCUACGAGCGAGUGUCAAGGCCUACGAGUGAGUGUCAAGGCCUACGAGUGAGUGUCAAGGCCUACGAGCGAGUGUCAAGGCUUACGAGUGAAUGUCAAGGCCUACGAGUGAGUGUCAAGGCCUACGAGCGAGUGUCAAGGCCUACGAGCGAGUGUCAAGGCCUACGAGCGAGUGUCAAGGCCUACGAGCGAGUGUCAAGGCCUACGAGCGAGUGUCAAGGCCUACGAGCGAGUGUCAAGGCUUACGAGCCUAAGAGUGAGUGUCAAGGCCUACGAGCGAGUGUCAAGGCCUACGAGCGAGUGUCAAGGCCUACGAGCCUACGAGCGAGUGUCAAGGCCUACGAGCGAGUGUCAAGGCCUAGAGCGAGUGUCAAGGCCUACGAGCGAGUGUCAAGGCCUACGGGUGAGUGUCAAGGCCUACGAGCGAGUGUCAAGGCCUACGAGCGAGUGUCAAGGCCUACGAGCGAGUGUCAAGGCCUACGAGCCUACGAGCGAGUGUCAAGGCCUACGAGUCAGUGUCAAAGCCUACGAGUGAGUGUCAAGGCCUACGAGCCUACGAGUGAGUGUCAAGGCCUACGAAUGAGUGUCAAGGCCUACGAGCGAGUGUCAAGGCCUACGAGCCUACGAGUGAGUGUCAAGGCCUACGAGCGAGUGUCAAGGCCUACGAGCGAGUGUCAAGGCCUACGAGUGAGUGUCAAAGCCUACGAGCGAGUGUCAAGGCCUACGAGCGAGUGUCAAGGCCUACGAGCGAGUGUCAAAGCCUACGAGCCUACGAGCGAGUGUCAAGGCCUACGAGCGAUUGUCAAGGCCUACGAGCGAGUGUCAAGGCCUACGAGCGAGUGUCAAGGCCUACGAGCGAGUGUCAAGGCCUACGAGCGAGUGUCAAGGCCUACGAGCGAGUGUCAAAGCCUACGAGCGAGUGUCAAGGCCUACGAGCGAGUGUCAAGGCCUACGAGCGAGUGUCAAGGCCUACGAGCCUACGAGCGAGUGUCAAGGCCUACGAGCGAGUGUCAAGGCCUACGAGCGAGUGUCAAGGCCUACGAGCGAGUGUCAAAGCCUACGAGCGAGUGUCAAGGCCUACGAGCGAGUGUCAAAGCCUACGAGCCUACGAAUGAGUGUCAAUGCCUACGAGCGAGUGUCAAGGCCUACGAGCGAGUGUCAAAGCCUACGAGUGAGUGUCAAGGCCUACGAAUGAGUGUCAAGGCCUACGAGCCUACGAGCGAGUGUCAAGGCCUACGAGCGAGUGUCAAGGCCUACGAGCGAGUGUCAAGGCCUACGAGUGAGUGUCAAGGCCUACGAGUGAGUGUCAAGGCCUACGAGCGAGUGUCAAGGCCUACGAGCGAGUGUCAAGGCCUACGAGUGAGUGUCAAAGCCUACGAGCGAGUGUCAAGGCCUACGAGCGAGUGUCAAGGCUUACGAGCCUACGAGCGAGUGUCAAGGCCUACGAGCGAGUGUCAAGGCCUACGAGCGAGUGUCAAAGCCUACGAGCGAGUGUCAAAGCCUACGAGUGAGUGUCAAGGCCUACGAAUGAGUGUCAAGGCCUACGAGCGAGUGUCAAGGCUUACGAGCCUACGAGCGAGUGUCAAGGCCUACGAGCGAGUGUCAAGGGCCUACGAGCGAGUGUCAAGGCCUACGAGCGAGUGUCAAGGCUUACGAGUGAAUGUCAAGGCCUACGAGCCUACGAGCGAGUGUCAAGGCCUACGAGCGAGUGUCAAGGCCUACGAGCGAGUGUCAAGGCCUACGAGCGAGUGUCAAGGCCUACGAGUGAGUGUCAAGGCCUACGAGCCUACGAGCGAGUGUCAAGGCCUAAGAGCGAGUGUCAAGGCCUACGAGCGAGUGUCAAGGCCUAGAGCGAGUGUCAAGGCCUACGAGCGAGUGUCAAGGCCUACGGGUGAGUGUCAAGGCCUACGAGCGAGUGUCAAGGCCUACGAGCGAGUGUCAAGGCCUACGAGCGAGUGUCAAGGCCUACGAGUGAGUGUCAAGGCCUACGAGCCUACGAAUGAGUGUCAAGGCCUACGAGCGAGUGUCAAGGCCUACGAGCGAGUGUCAAGGCCUACGAGCGAGUGUCAAGGCCUACGAGCCUACGAGCGAGUGUCAAGGCCUACGAGCGAGUGUCAAGGCCUACGAGUGAGUGUCAAAGCCUACGAGGGAGUGUCAAGGCCUACGAGCGAGUGUCAAGGCCUACGAGCGAGUGUCAAAGCCUACGAGCCUACGAGCGAGUGUCAAGGCUUACGAGUGAGUGUCAAGGCUUACGAGCUUACGAGCGAGUGUCAAGGAUUACGAGCGAGUGUCAAGGCCUACGAGCGAGUGUCAAAGCCUACGAGCGAGUGUCAAGGCCUACGAGCGAGUGUCAAGGCCUACGAGCGAGUGUCAAGGCCUACGAGUGAGUGUCAAGGCCUACGAGUGAGUGUCAAGGCCUACGAGCCUACGAGCGAGUGUCAAGGCCUACGAGCGAGUGUCAAGGCCUACGAGCGAGUGUCAAAGCCUACGAGUGAGUGUCAAGGCCUACGAAUGAGUGUCAAGGCCUACGAGCCUACGAGUGAGUGUCAAGGCCUACGAAUGAGUGUCAAGGCCUACGAGCGAGUGUCAAGGCCUACGAGUCAGUGUCAAAGCCUACGAGUGAGUGUCAAGGUCUACGAGCCUACGAGCGAGUGUCAAGGCCUACGAGCGAGUGUCAAGGCCUACGAGCGAGUGUCAAGGCCUACGAGUGAGUGUCAAGGCCUACGAGUGAGUGUCAAGGCCUACGAGCGAGUGUCAAGGCCUACGAGCGAGUGUCAAGGCCUACGAGUGAGUGUCAAGGCCUACGAGCGAGUGUCAAGGCCUACGAGCCUACGAGCGAGUGUCAAGGCCUACGAGCGAGUGUCAAGGCCUACGAGUGAGUGUCAAAGCCUACGAGCGAGUGUCAAGGCCUACGAGCGAGUGUCAAGGCCUACGAGCGAGUGUCAAAGCCUACGAGCCUACGAGCGAGUGUCAAGGCUUACGAGUGAGUGUCAAGGAUUACGAGUGAGUGUCAAGGCCUACGAGCGAUUGUCAAGGCCUACGAGCGAGUGUCAAGGCCUACGAGCGAGUGUCAAGGCCUACGAGCGAGUGUCAAAGCCUACGAGCGAGUGUCAAGGCCUACGAGCGAGUGUCAAGGCCUACGAGCGAGUGUCAAGGCCUACGAGCCUACGAGCGAGUGUCAAGGCCUACGAGCGAGUGUCAAAGCCUACGAGUGAGUGUCAAGGCCUACGAAUGAGUGUCAAGGCCUACGAGCCUACGAGUGAGUGUCAAGGCCUACGAAUGAGUGUCAAGGCCUACGAGCGAGUGUCAAGGCCUACGAGCCUACGAGCGAGUGUCAAGGCCUACGAGCGAGUGUCAAGGCCUACGAGUGAGUGUCAAAGCCUACGAGCGAGUGUCAAGGCCUACGAGCGAGUGUCAAGGCCUAAGAGCGAGUGUCAAGGCCUAAGAGCGAGUGUCAAGGCCUACGAGCGAGUGUCAAGGCCUAGAGCGAGUGUCAAGGCCUACGAGCGAGUGUCAAGGCCUACGGGUGAGUGUCAAGGCCUACGAGCGAGUGUCAAGGCCUACGAGCGAGUGUCAAGGCCUACGAGCGAGUGUCAAGGCCUACGAGUGAGUGUCAAGGCCUACGAGCCUACGAGUGAGUGUCAAGGCCUACGAAUGAGUGUCAAGGCCUACGAGCGAGUGUCAAGACCUACGAGCGAGUGUCAAGGCCUACGAGCGAGUGUCAAGGCCUACGAGCCUACGAGCGAGUGUCAAGGCCUACGAGUGAGUGUCAAAGCCUACGAGCGAGUGUCAAGGCCUACGAGCGAGUGUCAAGGCCUACGAGCGAGUGUCAAGGCCUACGAGCCUACGAGCGAGUGUCAAGGCCUAAGAGCGAGUGUCAAGGCCUACGAGCGAGUGUCAAGGCCUAGAGCGAGUGUCAAGGCCUACGAGCGAGUGUCAAGGCCUACGGGUGAGUGUCAAGGCCUACGAGCGAGUGUCAAGGCCUACGAGCGAGUGUCAAGGCCUACGAGCGAGUGUCAAGGCCUACGAGCCUACGAGCGAGUGUCAAGGCCUACGAGUCAGUGUCAAAGCCUACGAGUGAGUGUCAAGGCCUACGAGCCUACGAGCGAGUGUCAAGGCCUACGAGCGAGUGUCAAGGCCUACGAGCGAGUGUCAAGGCCUACGAGCCUACGAGCGAGUGUCAAGGCCUACGAGCGAGUGUCAAGGCCUACGAGUGAGUGUCAAAGCCUACGAGCGAGUGUCAAGGCCUACGAGCGAGUGUCAAGGCCUACGAGCGAGUGUCAAAGCCUACGAGCCUACGAGCGAGUGUCAAGGCUUACGAGUGAGUGUCAAGGAUUACGAGUGAGUGUCAAGGCCUACGAGCGAUUGUCAAGGCCUACGAGCGAGUGUCAAGGCCUACGAGCGAGUGUCAAGGCCUACGAGCGAGUGUCAAAGCCUACGAGCGAGUGUCAAGGCCUACGAGCGAGUGUCAAGGCCUACGAGCGAGUGUCAAGGCCUACGAGCCUACGAGCGAGUGUCAAGGCCUACGAGCGAGUGUCAAGGCCUACGAGCCUACGAAUGAGUGUCAAGGCCUACGAGCGAGUGUCAAGGCCUACGAGUCAGUGUCAAAGCCUACGAGUGAGUAUCAAGGUCUACGAGCCUACGAGCGAGUGUCAAGGCCUACGAGCGAGUGUCAAGGCCUACGAGCGAGUGUCAAGGCCUACGAGUGAGUGUCAAGGCCUACGAGUGAGUGUCAAGGCCUACGAGAGAGUGUCAAGGCCUACGAGCGAGUGUCAAGGCCUACGAGCCUACGAGCGAGUGUCAAGGCCUAGAGCGAGUGUCAAGGCCUACGAGCGAGUGUCAAGGCCUACGGGUGAGUGUCAAGGCCUACGAGCGAGUGUCAAGGCCUACGAGCGAGUGUCAAGGCCUACGAGCGAGUGUCAAGGCCUACGAGCCUACGAGCGAGUGUCAAGGCCUACGAGUCAGUGUCAAAGCCUACGAGUGAGUGUCAAGGCCUACGAGCCUACGAGCGAGUGUCAAGGCCUACGAGCGAGUGUCAAGGCCUACGAGCGAGUGUCAAGGCCUACGAGCCUACGAGCGAGUGUCAAGGCCUACGAGCGAGUGUCAAGGCCUACGAGUGAGUGUCAAAGCCUACGAGCGAGUGUCAAGGCCUACGAGCGAGUGUCAAGGCCUACGAGCGAGUGUCAAAGCCUACGAGCCUACGAGCGAGUGUCAAGGCUUACGAGUGAGUGUCAAGGAUUACGAGUGAGUGUCAAGGCCUACGAGCGAUUGUCAAGGCCUACGAGCCUACGAGCGAGUGUCAAGGCCUACGAGUCAGUGUCAAAGCCUACGAGUGAGUGUCAAGGUCUACGAGUGAGUGUCAAGGCCUACGAGCCUACGAGUGAGUGUCAAGGCCUACGAGCGAGUGUCAAGGCCUACGAGCGAGUGUCAAGGCCUACGAGUGAGUGUCAAAGCCUACGAGCGAGUGUCAAGGCCUACGAGCGAGUGUCAAGGCCUACGAGCGAGUGUCAAAGCCUACGAGCCUACGAGCGAGUGUCAAGGCUUACGAGUGAGUGUCAAGGAUUACGAGUGAGUGUCAAGGCCUACGAGCGAUUGUCAAGGCCUACGAGCGAGUGUCAAGGCCUACGAGCGAGUGUCAAGGCCUACGAGCGAGUGUCAAAGCCUACGAGCGAGUGUCAAGGCCUACGAGCGAGUGUCAAGGCCUACGAGCGAGUGUCAAGGCUUACGAGUGAGUGUCAAGGCCUACGAGCGAGUGUCAAGGCCUACGAGCGAGUGUCAAGGCUUACGAGUGAGUGUCAAGGCCUACGAGCGAGUGUCAAGGCCUACGAGCGAGUGUCAAGGCCUACGAGUGAGUGUCAAGGCCUACGAGCGAGUGUCAAGGCCUACGAGCGAGUGUCAAGGCCUACGAGCGAGUGUCAAGGCUUACGAGUGAGUGUCAAGGCCUACGAGCCUACGAAUGAGUGUCAAGGCCUACGAAUGAGUGUCAAGGCCUACGAGCGAGUGUCAAGGCCUACGAGCGAGUGUCAAGGCCUACGAGCGAGUGUCAAGGCCUACGAGCGAGUGUCAAGGCCUACGGGCGAGUGUCAAGGCCUACGGGCGAGUGUCAAGGCCUACGGGCGAGUGUCAAGGCCUACGAGCGAGUGUCAAGGCCUACGAAUGAGUGUCAAGGCCUACGAGCGAGUGUCAAGGCCUACGAGCGAGUGUCAAGGCCUACGAGCGAGUGUCAAGGCCUACGAGCGAGUGUCAAGGCCUACGAGCGAGUGUCAAGGCGUACGGGCGAGUGUCAAGGCCUACGAGCGAGUGUCAAGGCCUACGGAUGAGUGUCAAGGCCUACGAAUGAGUGUCAAGGCCUACGAGCGAGUGUCAAGGCCUACGAGCGAGUGUCAAGGCCUACGAGCGAGUGUCAAAGCCUACGAGCCUACGAGCGAUUGUCAAGGCCUACGAGUGAGUGUCAAGGCCUACGAGCGAGUGUCAAGGCUUACGAGUGAGUGUCAAGGCCUACGAGUGAGUGUCAAGGCCUACGAGCGAGUGUCAAGGCCUACGAGCGAGUGUCAAGGCCUACGAGCCUACGAGCGAGUGUCAAGGCCUACGAGCGAGUGUCAAGGCCUACGAGCGAGUGUCAAGGCCUACGAGCGAGUGUCAAGGCUUACGAGUGAGUGUCAAGGCCUACGAAUGAGUGUCAAGGCCUACGAGCGAGUGUCAAGGCCUACGAGCGAGUGUCAAGGCCUACGAGCGAGUGUCAAGGCCUACGAGCCUACGAGCGAGUGUCAAGGCCUAAGAGCGAGUGUCAAGGCCUACGAGCGAGUGUCAAAGCCUAGAGCGAGUGUCAAGGCCUACGAGCGAGUGUCAAGGCCUACGGGUGAGUGUCAAGGCCUACGAGCGAGUGUCAAGGCCUACGAGCGAGUGUCAAGGCCUACGAGCGAGUGUCAAGGCCUACGAGCCUACGAGCGAGUGUCAAGGCCUACGAGCGAGUGUCAAGGCCUACGAGUGAGUGUCAAAGCCUACGAGCGAGUGUCAAGGCCUACGAGCGAGUGUCAAGGCCUACGAGCGAGUGUCAAAGCCUACGAGCCUACGAGCGAGUGUCAAGGCUUACGAGUGAGUGUCAAGGAUUACGAGCCUACGAGUGAGUGUCAAGGCCUACGAAUGAGUGUCAAGGCCUACGAGCGAGUGUCAAGGCCUACGAGUCAGUGUCAAAGCCUACGAGUGAGUGUCAAGGUCUACGAGCCUACGAGCGAGUGUCAAGGCCUACGAGCGAGUGUCAAGGCCUACGAGCGAGUGUCAAGGCCUACGAGCCUACGAGCGAGUGUCAAGGCCUACGAGCGAGUGUCAAGGCCUACGAGUGAGUGUCAAAGCCUACGAGCGAGUGUCAAGGCCUACGAGCGAGUGUCAAGGCCUACGAGCGAGUGUCAAAGCCUACGAGCCUACGAGCGAGUGUCAAGGCUUACGAGUGAGUGUCAAGGAUUACGAGUGAGUGUCAAGGCCUACGAGCGAUUGUCAAGGCCUACGAGCGAGUGUCAAGGCCUACGAGCGAGUGUCAAGGCCUACGAGCGAGUGUCAAAGCCUACGAGCGAGUGUCAAGGCCUACGAGCGAGUGUCAAGGCCUACGAGCGAGUGUCAAGGCUUACGAGUGAGUGUCAAGGCCUACGAGCGAGUGUCAAGGCCUACGAGCGAGUGUCAAGGCUUACGAGUGAGUGUCAAGGCCUACGAGCGAGUGUCAAGGCCUACGAGCGAGUGUCAAGGCCUACGAGUGAGUGUCAAGGCCUACGAGCGAGUGUCAAGGCCUACGAGCGAGUGUCAAGGCCUACGAGCGAGUGUCAAGGCUUACGAGUGAGUGUCAAGGCCUACGAGCCUACGAAUGAGUGUCAAGGCCUACGAAUGAGUGUCAAGGCCUACGAGCGAGUGUCAAGGCCUACGAGCGAGUGUCAAGGCCUACGAGCGAGUGUCAAGGCCUACGAGCGAGUGUCAAGGCCUACGGGCGAGUGUCAAGGCCUACGGGCGAGUGUCAAGGCCUACGGGCGAGUGUCAAGGCCUACGAGCGAGUGUCAAGGCCUACGAAUGAGUGUCAAGGCCUACGAGCGAGUGUCAAGGCCUACGAGCGAGUGUCAAGGCCUACGAGCGAGUGUCAAGGCCUACGAGCGAGUGUCAAGGCCUACGAGCGAGUGUCAAGGCGUACGGGCGAGUGUCAAGGCCUACGAGCGAGUGUCAAGGCCUACGGAUGAGUGUCAAGGCCUACGAAUGAGUGUCAAGGCCUACGAGCGAGUGUCAAGGCCUACGAGCGAGUGUCAAGGCCUACGAGCGAGUGUCAAAGCCUACGAGCCUACGAGCGAGUGUCAAGGCUUACGAGUGAGUGUCAAGGAUUACGAGCCUACGAGUGAGUGUCAAGGCCUACGAGCGAGUGUCAAGGCCUACGAGCGAGUGUCAAGGCCUACGAGUGAGUGUCAAAGCCUACGAGUGAGUGUCAAGGCCUACGAGCGAGUGUCAAGGCCUACGAGCGAGUGUCAAGGCCUACGAGCGAGUGUCAAGGCCUACGAGCGAGUGUCAAGGCCUACGAGCGAGUGUCAAGGCUUACGAGUAGUACUCUGCGUUGAUACCACUGCUUCAAGGCCUACGAGCGAGUGUCAAGGCCUACGAGCGAGUGUCAAGGCCUACGAGCGAGUGUCAAGGCCUACGAGUGAGUGUCAAGGCCUACGAGUGAGUGUCAAGGCCUACGAGCGAGUGUCAAGGCCUACGAGCGAGUGUCAAGGCCUAAGAGCGAGUGUCAAGGCCUACGAGCGAGUGUCAAAGCCUAGAGCGAGUGUCAAGGCCUACGAGCGAGUGUCAAGGCCUACGGGUGAGUGUCAAGGCCUACGAGCGAGUGUCAAGGCCUACGAGCGAGUGUCAAGGCCUACGAGCGAGUGUCAAGGCCUACGAGUGAGUGUCAAGGCCUACGAGCCUACGAGUGAGUGUCAAGGCCUACGAAUGAGUGUCAAGGCCUACGAGCGAGUGUCAAGGCCUACGAGCGAGUGUCAAGGCCUACGAGCGAGUGUCAAGGCCUACGAGCCUACGAGCGAGUGUCAAGGCCUACGAGUGAGUGUCAAAGCCUACGAGCGAGUGUCAAGGCCUACGAGCGAGUGUCAAGGCCUACGAGCGAGUGUCAAGGCCUACGAGCCUACGAGCGAGUGUCAAGGCCUAAGAGCGAGUGUCAAGGCCUACGAGCGAGUGUCAAGGCCUAGAGCGAGUGUCAAGGCCUACGAGCGAGUGUCAAGGCCUACGGGUGAGUGUCAAGGCCUACGAGCGAGUGUCAAGGCCUACGAGCGAGUGUCAAGGCCUACGAGCGAGUGUCAAGGCCUACGAGCCUACGAGCGAGUGUCAAGGCCUACGGGUGAGUGUCAAGGCCUACGAGCGAGUGUCAAGGCCUACGAGCGAGUGUCAAGGCCUACGAGCCUACGAGCGAGUGUCAAGGCCUACGAGCGAGUGUCAAGGCCUACGAGCCUACGAGCGAGUGUCAAGGCCUACGAGCGAGUGUCAAGGCCUACGAGUGAGUGUCAAAGCCUACGAGCGAGUGUCAAGGCCUACGAGCGAGUGUCAAGGCCUACGAGCGAGUGUCAAAGCCUACGAGCCUACGAGCGAGUGUCAAGGCUUACGAGUGAGUGUCAAGGAUUACGAGUGAGUGUCAAGGCCUACGAGCGAUUGUCAAGGCCUACGAGCGAGUGUCAAGGCCUACGAGCGAGUGUCAAGGCCUACGAGCGAGUGUCAAAGCCUACGAGCGAGUGUCAAGGCCUACGAGCGAGUGUCAAGGCCUACGAGCCUACGAGCGAGUGUCAAGGCCUACGAGCGAGUGUCAAGGCCUACGAGCGAGUGUCAAGGCCUACGAGCCUACGAGCGAGUGUCAAGGCCUACGAGCGAGUGUCAAGGCCUACGAGUGAGUGUCAAAGCCUACGAGCGAGUGUCAAGGCCUACGAGCGAGUGUCAAGGCCUACGAGCGAGUGUCAAAGCCUACGAGCCUACGAGCGAGUGUCAAGGCUUACGAGUGAGUGUCAAGGAUUACGAGUGAGUGUCAAGGCCUACGAGCGAUUGUCAAGGCCUACGAGCGAGUGUCAAGGCCUACGAGCGAGUGUCAAGGCCUACGAGCGAGUGUCAAAGCCUACGAGCGAGUGUCAAGGCCUACGAGCGAGUGUCAAGGCCUACGAGCGAGUGUCAAGGCUUACGAGUGAGUGUCAAGGCCUACGAGCGAGUGUCAAGGCCUACGAGCGAGUGUCAAGGCUUACGAGUGAGUGUCAAGGCCUACGAGCGAGUGUCAAGGCCUACGAGCGAGUGUCAAGGCCUACGAGUGAGUGUCAAGGCCUACGAGCGAGUGUCAAGGCCUACGAGCGAGUGUCAAGGCCUACGAGUGAGUGUCAAGGCCUACGAGUGAGUGUCAAGGCCUACGAGCGAGUGUCAAGGCCUACGAGUGAGUGUCAAGGCCUACGAGUGAGUGUCAAGGCCUACGAGCGAGUGUCAAGGCUUACGAGUGAAUGUCAAGGCCUACGAGUGAGUGUCAAGGCCUACGAGCGAGUGUCAAGGCCUACGAGCGAGUGUCAAGGCCUACGAGCGAGUGUCAAGGCCUACGAGCGAGUGUCAAGGCCUACGAGCGAGUGUCAAGGCCUACGAGCGAGUGUCAAGGCUUACGAGCCUAAGAGUGAGUGUCAAGGCCUACGAGCGAGUGUCAAGGCCUACGAGCGAGUGUCAAGGCCUACGAGUGAGUGUCAAAGCCUACGAGCGAGUGUCAAGGCCUACGAGCGAGUGUCAAGGCCUACGAGCGAGUGUCAAGGCCUAAGAGCGAGUGUCAAGGCCUACGAGCGAGUGUCAAGGCCUAGAGCGAGUGUCAAGGCCUACGAGCGAGUGUCAAGGCCUACGGGUGAGUGUCAAGGCCUACGAGCGAGUGUCAAGGCCUACGAGCGAGUGUCAAGGCCUACGAGCGAGUGUCAAGGCCUACGAGUGAGUGUCAAGGCCUACGAGCCUACGAGUGAGUGUCAAGGCCUACGAAUGAGUGUCAAGGCCUACGAGCGAGUGUCAAGGCCUACGAGCGAGUGUCAAGGCCUAAGAGUGAGUGUCAAGGCCUACGAGCGAGUGUCAAGGCCUACGAGCGAGUGUCAAGGCCUACGAGCCUACGAGCGAGUGUCAAGGCCUAAGAGCGAGUGUCAAGGCCUACGGGCGAGUGUCAAGGCCUACGAGCGAGUGUCAAGGCCUACGGGCGAGUGUCAAGGCCUACGAGUGAGUGUCAAGGCGUACGGGCGAGUGUCAAGGCCUACGAGCGAGUGUCAAGGCCUACGAGCGAGUGUCAAGGCCUACGAGCGAGUGUCAAGGCCUACGAAUGAGUGUCAAGGCCUACGAGCGAGUGUCAAGGCCUACGGGCGAGUGUCAAGGCCUACGAGCGAGUGUCAAGGCCUACGGGCGAGUGUCAAGGCGUACGGGCGAGUGUCAAGGCCUACGAGCGAGUGUCAAGGCCUACGAGCGAGUGUCAAGGCGUACGGGCGAGUGUCAAGGCCUACGAGCGAGUGUCAAGGCCUACGAGCGAGUGUCAAGGCCUACGAGCGAGUGUCAAGGCCUACGAAUGAGUGUCAAGGCCUACGAAUGAGUGUCAAGGCCUACGAAUGA